AUGUAUGCAGGUAUUAAUAUUGAACCAGGGGUAAUACUGAAUGGUAACUCCGGUCAAUACUGCAUUUCAAAGUUCAUUGAGAGUGGAACUUUUGGUAAAGUUGUGAAAGCAACAAAUGUCAUCACAAGGGAGUCAGUCGCCCUGAAGAUCAUGAACAACAAAGACAAAGACAUCAUUGCGAACGAGAUUGAGAUACUGCAAACUCUUAGGACUCUAGACGCUGACAAGUCUAACAUUGUGCAGUUCUUUGAGACGUUCGAGCACAAUGGACACACCUGUCUAGGUAUGUAGAUUAUAUUCCAUUUCACCAUUCUGUUUUACUGUUGAAUGAAAGUAUUUCUUUGGAUAUCAGGGAUAUGUGGUAAAAAGUUAUGCGUCUACUGCACUAAAAACAUCUUGUAAAAUAGCAGGUCUAAUUUCAGUACCAAACACUGGGUACCAUUGUAUUUAAAAGUUGAUAUUUAAAAAGUUCUCAUUGGGUCUAAAAAAAUUUACAAAGGCAUAACUUUUUUUGGUUAGAAAUAAGAGAAAAACACUUGUAAAUAUUUCAGAUUUUGCAGUGAUCUUUUUAUAAUUCAUGUAUUUUAAUGCUCUUUAGUGUUACUCUUACCUUGUUCUAUCUCAUCUAAUCCUGUCUUUUUUUUGUUUUACCUUUUUGUAGCCUUUGAGAUGCUGGACAAAAGUCUUUUUGACCUAAUGAUUGAAAACUGUGUGCCAUUCUCUCUUCAUGAGAUUCGUUCAGUCGCCCAGCAACUUCUAUCAGCCUUUGAUGCCAUGGGAGACAUCGGGAUCAUAUACACCGACCUAAAGCUUGAGAAUGUUAUGUUGGUUAACCAGAGAGACCAGCCUUUCAGAGUCAAACUUAUAGACUUUGGUCUGUCCGUUAAGACCUCUGAGGCGCAUAGAGGUUUGGGAAUUCCGGCAGCCUCUCUCAGAGCUCCUGAAGUAUUCCUGGGCCUCCCCUCCUCAGAGGCAAUAGACAUGUGGGCUCUGGGGUGUCUUCUGUUCACAAUGUUUCUCUUAGACUUCCCGUUUGGUGGUGACUGCAGUCAGGAUGUGAUCAUGAAGAACAUUGUAGCCAUCAUGGGUCAGCCAGAUGAUCAUCUCCUCGAUGCUGGAAAAUUCACAGCAUGCUACUUUGUAAAGAACGCAUCCUCAAAACACCCCAAAUGGUUGGUGAAGGAACCUGAAACCUGCAAACUGAGAGUAAAUUCUCUGGAGGACCUGGUCACACUUAGGCCAGAGAACCAUGGGUCCAUUGAGAUCGGGGACCGCAGAGCCUUUGUGAGCCUCCUGAAGGGUCUCCUAAACACUGACCCAGAGAAGAGGAUUAGCCCCAAGCAGGCUCUAAGUCAUCCAUUCAUCACCAUGGUCCACCUGCUGAAGAAUGGUGACAGCCAGUACCUGGUAGACGCCAGGGACAAAAUGGUCAUCACUUACAGGAACAGGUCAGAGGAGAAUCAUCUUAGUCCAGCUGCUGUGGAAGACAAACAAGAAGAGCCAGCUGAAGCUGAAGCGGCUAUAAGCAGCUCAGCUGAAGAAGAUCCAGCUCUCACCAACAUCUCAAAGGAGAAUCAUCUAGGUCCAGCUGCUGUGGUAGACAAACAAGAAGAACCAGCUGAAGCUGAAGCAGCUAUAAGCAGCUCAGCUGAAGAAGAGCCAGCUCUUACCAACAUCUCAGAGGAGAAUCAUCUAGGUCCAGCUGCUGUGGUAGACAAACAAGAAGAACCAGCUGAAGCUGAAGCAGCUAUAAGCAGCUCAGCUGUAGAAGCUCCAGCUCUUACCAAGAUAAACCAGUCAGAGGAGAAUGUUUUCAACACAAGCGAGCUAGUGAGAUUUGACUCUGAUGCUGGACUUGUAAAAGGUCCAUCUGUGAGAAGGAAAGGUGGCCCACUAAGACGAGUCAGACGUUUCUUUGGCAGAGUCUUUAGGGCCAUGUGUUGUUGUCUCCCACCUAGGGAUGACUAGAACGUCCUGGGUCCGGAUCCGGGUCAGGGCGUUUCUGUGUGGAGUUUGCAUGUUCUCCCUGUGUCUGUGUGGGUUUACCCCGGGUGCUCCGGUUUCCUCCCACAUUCUUUCAAAGAAAGAAUAAAAAAAAAAAAACAGACAAAAAAACAAACAAACAAAGAAAACAACCCCCCCCCCCCCCAAAAAAAAAAAACAAAACGAACAAACAAACAAAAAAACCUUGUGGUUUUUCCCUCCCAUGGAGGGUUUUAAUUCCCCUCCCCGAGCUACCACCUUACCGUGGUGGAGGGGUUUGUGUGUCCUGAUGAUAAAAAAAUGAUUAAAAAAAAAAAAAAAAAAAAAAAACAGACAAAAAAACAAACAAACAAAGAAAACAAAAAAAAAAACCUAAAAUACUAAUAAUAAUAAUAAUAAAAAACCCUUGUGGUUUUUUCCCUCCCAUGGAGGGUUUUAAUUCCCCUCCUCGAGCUACCACCUUACCGUGGUGGAGGGGUUUGUGUGUCCUGAUGAUCCCAGGAGCUAAGUUGUCGGGGCUUUAUGCUUAUGGUAGGUUCAACCAUGGCAACAUGUCUUUGGGGAGGGAUCAGACUAAGGGUAGCUCAAAUAGACCUUUUAUGAUGAGUAAAAUAUUUAGUAUCCAGUUUUCCUCAUCCCGGGUUAGUGAGCCAGCUCCACCCCAGUAGCCAAGCCUGGGGGUGGAGCUUGAUGGCGUGCACCUGGUGGCUGGGCCUGGAUUUUGCUAGACUUGAUGGCAUUAUUGUUUGUCUCCCAAGCAUUGUAGGCUCUGUAGCUUAGCUGGUCAAAGCACCUGUCUUGUAAACAGGAGAUCCUGGGUUCAACUCCCAGCAGUGCCUUCACACAUAAUCUUAGCUAUAAAUGUUAAUCCUCAUCCAAGCUCAUAAGGCAAUCUGUUCAACUCUCUUCCCCAAAUAGUUUCUCCCUGCCAGGCUGCACUGGACAGGGAUGAGCCACUUUUCCUUCCCAUCGGGUAACUUUAUGUCAGACGCCGGGGACCCUUUACAGGGUGACAACCACCAGUGAUCACAGCACACUGCUUCAAAGGAUUUAGUUUCUAGAGGUAGCUGUGAGGGACACCUCCUGGACUCUGGAUAAGUGCGGUUGCUGGGGACCAUCUGAUUUGCAUUGUUAAUUGGACCUUUAUGUGUCACAUAACCCAACCUGACGAGGAGCCCACUGCGUGUUGUAGUGGCCAGCGACGGUGCUGCAGUUGUGCAAGUCUCUGUGGGGCAAUCGGCCAGUGCGCUCGGCUGUUAAACAGAGUGGCGACACUCCCAUAGGCAUACUCUGUACAGCCUGGCAGACCCCACUUCCGGGUUAUGGAACUCUCAAUAGUUCCAACAUGACCGCCUGUCAUGUCGGACACCGUUCGCUUCUAUGGCCACAAGGCAAGCACUCACCGAGGUUAAAUGAUAAAAUAUCAACAAGUUUAAUGCCAAUACGUGUGUUAUUGAUAUCGAGGGGAUCCCUUUAUAUGUAAAAAUGUAUGUCCCAAAUGUAAUUACGUUUUUUUAGACAGGAAUUGGGAUCGAUUUUUUUAGCCACGGUUUGCUCCCACACUCCCUGAGGUAAAAUAUUGUAUCAACGAAUGUAAUGCCAGUACGUGUGUAAAUGGUAUCGAGGGACCCCUUUAUAUGUAAAAUGAUUUUAAUUUUAGUAUGCUCAAAUUGUAAUUACAAAUAUAAUUACGUUUUUUUAGUAAGGAAUUGGGAUUGAUUUUUUAGCCACGGCCUGCUAGUUGGACGUCGUCAGCUGGCCUGCCAGAAUUUAUUGUGUGACUGAGUUUUGAAUCACAGCUAAAUCAUCAUCAAUCAUAUGUUAAGAUGGUUACUUAUGGGCUCUAUUUUAGAUUUCAGCCUUUAUCAGUACCCAAUGUUAUGUGCAAUUUAUUCUUUUUAGACUAACAUAAGUGCUAUGUAACUUGAUUUCUGCUUAUGGGAUGAUAGAGUUAAGGGACCGCUACUUUAUAAAUCCUGUCAGCAUUUAAGGCAUAUGUUUAACAUGGAAAAAUUUUAUGCAGGCCAUGCUGCAAGACCAAAACAUUGCACAAUUGUUGAAAAAGCUUGUAACACCUGUUACUUACCACUUUAUUGUAUUAUUUUCUCUAAUUAAAAAGUAACACCUGUUACCAAACUUGUUUUAUUUCACUUUUAUUUGUCAUCCAGCCACUAAAUAUACGUAUGUGACUUUGAUGUGUACACAGUAAUCCAAUAAGAGUUGCAAAUGUUGACUUUUUACGGUUAAUUUUAAUAUUUACCUCUUUAAUGCGUGCUCACUGCAGUCUGUCCAUAGACUGUAUAUAAAAACAUUAAUCUCAAAUAUUCGUCAAGGUAGGUAAAAAAAUGUUAAAAAUAACUUUGAAUGCAUUAAUCAGGUAAAAAGUUGAGAUUUUAUGGCGUUUCCAGGUUAAAAUUGUGUAAUUUCCUGUGGUUUUAGUCAACAUCAAAGCAGAGCAGUGGAUUAAACAUGGAAAAAUGUUAUGCAGGCCAUGCUGCAAGACCAAAACAUUGCACAAUUGUUCAAACAGCUUGUAACACCUGUUACUUACCACUUUAUUGUAUUAUCUUCUCUUAUUAAAAAGUAACACCUGUUACCAAACUUGUCUUAUUUCACUUUUAUUAGUCAUCCAAAUGUUGCAAAUGUUGACUUUUUACGGUUAGGUUAAAGGUUUUACCUCUUAAAUGCGCGCUCACUGCAGUCUGUCCCGUUGAAGAGCGUGAACAGUGCAGACUGCGCUUGGAACUAUGGAGGGGUACAUGAACCACGUGACCGCUCUGGCGGCGAGAUCUGAAGUUGUCGCCACUCUGAAACCAAAACGUGGGCUGUCGGCUCUGUACAUCGAACAGAACAUUAUCGCACCUCUAAAUCUCCUAAUCCUAACCCUAACCCAAACCCGACAGACGAAGACGUUUCACAGCCAUUAGGAAUAACCAAUCGGAGCCCAGCACUUUUAGCCAACCAGAGGCGAAGGAGGGCGGGUUCUUCCCCUCCCAUCCUACAAAAAAAAAAUUCGCCUUCGAGUCAAAUAGUACAUGUCCGACUUAGCUUGACCGAGAUUCGAUAUGCGUGUCAGACUGUCAUGGAAAAUGGACCGGGAAAAAUGUCAUUAACGGAGCCUGUCACAUUUACGUUUAUUUCGAAUUCAAGACAAAAGUUUUAUUAAUUACUUAAAAUAACAUGUGAUUCCCGUUUGAUACUCGACCAGGACAUCGCUCCAUUCGUGACGAUAACUUUUCGAGAAAUGAGCAGCGGUGAAAAAGAGGGCUUUGGAUCCGCCAUGCAAUGACCUACUCUGUCCAGCAGGGGCGCAGAUAGGGUUGUGGAUCUGUCACGUUUUUUUGUAAUCGUUUUAUUAUUAUUAUUAUUAUUAUUAUUAUUAUUAUUAUUAUUAUUAUUAUUAUUAUUAUUAUUUAUCUGUCACGGUUGUGGAUCUGCUUGGCUCUCAGGCUCUGCAGGCACCCCCUGUCAAAUUUACGUCAAUCCAAUGUAAGUUCUUCUACUGCCACCAGAGGGCGUCCAAAGAUCACCGUAAGACCUGCAAACCUUUGCUUUGGUUCUGCAGUUUUGGGGCUCCAAUAAGCCUGCUUCACUAGGUAAUAUUUUACUUGAAAGUGUGAAAUUAAACCAAUACCAAAAAUAUUAACUAAAUGGGCCUAAAUUAGACUGUAUUGCAAGUUAAUGACAAACCAGGAAGGGGCAUGUAAGGAUUUUGAGCCAGCAUCCACAACUGCAUAAUGUUAUGUAACUAAUUUCUGUUUUUCUGAUAUCAGUCACACAACAUUUAUGAAGAAAUGCAUGUUUGGCUGUCAAAAAGUCACAGAAAUUGCCUCAAAAUCUCUACCAGUCUUUUAUUUUUAAAUGGCACUCAGAAAAAAAAGUCAAGGUUAUAUGUAAAGUUAUUGUAAAAUCAUAAAAUAUGUAAUUGCAAGUGAUAAAUAGCGUAAAAGACGUGUGUCCUGACAAAUGAGGAAUGAGCCCCGCAGCAGGGUGACGCAGUGUAAACCGUGAUAGGAGACCUUUGGCCCCACUCGGAGGAUUAACAUCGAGCUCAGACCGUCGACAGCCUGACACCUGAUAGCUGCUGCUGCAGUGUGGCGCACAGUUUUGUCAGGAAGAAGGAAUUGGCGUUGUUAGUUUGGAAACAUGCGGUGGAAAGAGAGCUCAUCGUCAACAGGAGAGGACCAACUUCAAACUUUGUCCCUCACGUUAACUAACGUGCAGCCCAAUUGAAAGAGCCUCACUCCCGACUCGCACAGCCUAUUUAGGCGCAUUUUAUGGAGAUCUAUAGAUGACAAGACCUGCACGCUGCGGGUUGCUCUCAGCAUCUCCUGGGAUCUUUGUUGUGGAACAUGGCGAGAGAGAUGACGGGAGCUCAUCUCCUCGAACUAUUUUUAUUUUUUAUCAUAGCAAUUUUCAGGGAAACAGAUGGACAAGACACAGGUUUUAGCUUGAGUCCUCCGUAUUUCAACCUCGCUCAGGGGGCGAGUAUCUCUGCCUCAGCAACCUGCGGCCAGGAUGAGGCUGGAAUACCGAGAAAUGAUUUAUACUGUAAGCUGGUCGGAGGACCGACCACCGGAGUUCUUACCCAGAACAUACAGGUAAGACAAGCUGCUUUCUCAAGAGUUUGGGUAUGUCUGCAAACUUGGAGUGAAACAAUAUGUAAGAAGAGAAUCGGUAAAACAUUGUCGUGAGCACAUCGAUUAAGUAGAUUGUGUUCAGUAUGCAACUAUCACUGCAUGCCUGGCAGUUUAUUAUGGGUUAAUGUUGUUCUGCCUACCAUGCCAAAGUUAAAAUAAUCUGCCAGCAACAGUUGUACACCAUUGUAGUAGAUUUCUCCAGGAAAUAGCUUUUCAAUGGUGCUGUUACCCCCUAAGGACUCUAGGACCAGUAUGUCUGCAAGAACAGGAGUUUGAUCAAGAAAUGCAGACUUUUUUUUGUGAUGGAAAUGUUUUUUUUUUUUUUUUUUUACAUCUGCACCAUGAUAGGCUAUACAUCAGUGCCUGCCUCACCUCAGUUAUAUCACUAAAUACAUGUUUGCUGAUAUUAUUUGGGUGUGUUUAUCUCUGAAUACCAAUCAUUUGACACCAUUCAGGGUCAAUUCUGUGACGUCUGCAACAGCGCUGACCCUACCAAAGCCCACCCGGUCACCAAUGCCAUCGAUGGGACUGAGCGAUGGUGGCAGAGCCCUCCUCUCUCCAGGGGUCCUGGUUACAACGAGGUGACUGUUACCUUGGACCUUGGACAGGUGAGAUUAGCAUACCUUACUGUGCUGUGAACAGCUGUUUACCUGCUGCUGCCUGCUCAGUGAAUAAUGAUUGCUGUGUGCCGACAGGAAAAUGUGGCACCUGGAUGUUACAAAGGGAAGAGAAAGAAAGUGCUUUCUGUCUUGGGCUCUGCAUUGUUUGCACCUUCACAAAUAUGAAAUUAAGCAUUGAAGCAUUUCUGCACUAUGCUUUUCCUUGUUUCAACCCAUUUAUUUGCUGCUGCUAAUUUCCUCUGGAUGCUUGUGAGGAAGUUGUCUGACAGGUGUUGUCUGGUUCACAAGUGUUCCAAAUGUGUUACAUGAUAUUAUUUUCAGUUUGAACCUCAUCACUUCAGUCAGUGGUGAUCAUGUGAAUAACGUGCUGCAGUUGGAUGCUCUCCAGGAAUCAGAUUCACGCCCCUUUGGCAGGCGAAUAUGCUUCCAUCAUGACCCGUGUCUUUGGCAGGAGUUUGGCUCAUGGCCCAUAAAAUUGCACUUCACGCUGAAUUAUGCACUGUGAGGAAAGAGAGGAAUUCUGUCUUGGGAUUAAGGAUCAGAAAGAUGUGAAAUCUGAUUCAUGGAGUGCAGGUAGCCGCCUGGGUCUUCAGCGUGAGGACGGUUUUGACUAGUUUUGGAGUUGACCACAAAAAGAGAGAGCAACAAAGGCGCUCCUGUCUGCACGUGUUGCAUAUUUGCCUCCCAGUGGGCGCUGUGUCUGACAAUGGGUGGCGGCUUUUCUGUCUCUGUUUUUAGAAAGACUGGGCCAAGCAGAGAUCCCUACAGGGCUAAAUAUAGUCAGCACAUACAGGAGGAUGGACACAUGCAGGGCCUUUAGGGAUGUCUGACUUUAAUACGUGGUAAUGCUCAGUUUAUUUGGGAGUGGGGUAAGCAGCAUUAUUGCAUUAGGGUGUGCUAAAAAGAGCAUAGUCAGAUCUUUGAUGGUGACUACCAGCCACACAUCACUCGACCCUUCCUCAGUACAACACCAAAACCUAAACCACACACACACACACAAACACCUGUCACACACAUUUUUCUGUUGGUGGCGUCUCAUGCAACCACCAGGAUUGUAAACAAUGCUCACCUGCUACCAUGUCAUUGUGAGCCAUGGGGGUUUGAAUAGAAAUUUUUAACCUUUUGAAACAAAAUGAGUCAACUUAUGAAGAAUUAGAGUCAAGUCAAAUGAGAUGGAGGUAAAAAAGAAAUAUGACAGUAAGCAGCAGCCUGCUAGCUUAAGCCCUUUUGUGUAAACAAGUCAAGGAAAAGCCUAUUAUUUAAAGAACAUUGAAGAAAAUUGAUUCGGUUUCACUCUUGAUUGAGGAAGUUGUCAGGUUUUUCUUCUCGGUACCUCCCUGACUUUUAAAGUGUGUUUUAUUUGCUCAGCUUUACUGCAGUCACCCACCCUACAGUUGUGAGCUUGUGCAUUAUCUGAGACAGGACCGGAGCUGUCAACUUGUUUGACUGUUCCAUGUGAAGCUUUGAUAGCUUUGUAGGCUUUAUUCAAAUCCACAGGAUAAAUGAUGUGUUCACUGAAAUAUGUGGGCUAGACCCCACUGAAUAGGUUUGUGGUUACUUUCAAGGCCAACGCAGGUGGUUUUUCUUGUUCUGUACAGCGUUCAGUGGACGAAUUAGAUAAUGGCACAAUUGAUGUUUAUGUUAAAAUGCUGAGGUUCAAAGAGGGAGGUGUGUUUCUUGAUGGAGAUCUUUCCGGUUUGUCCGUUUGAAGCCAAGUCAACUUAUCGUAAACUAAACUGGAUAAAUUGAACAGUUUGUCUGACCGGAUUAGCACUUUUCUUCCAGGGAUGGCAAAGGCUGUUCAUCGACUUGAUCGACACAUCCUAAGAAAUGUCAAAUAGAUUUUGUACAACAAUCAUAGUCCCCAGAGGAUGAAUCCUAUUGACUGUAGGGACCACCUUUAGUGCCUCUUAUAUUGACAAAUAUGUGUUACAAACAACUAUAGGAUAGACUGCCAUAAAUUGUUGGUUCUGACAUUCAUGUCACCCUCAGGGCGUAGUGUACUUACACUGUUGAUCCCCUGACACUUCAUCUCGCACUUUAUCAUGUCAAAAAGUUUAAUUUUGCAAGGGCUUCCUUGACAAUCUCAUCAAUCAACUUACUGGUUUGUGGGAAAAACUUUCCCUGCAAAACAUUAGCAUGUUUGUAUUGUCGUUGUUGUUGUGUUAGCUUGCUGAAAUAAGCACCUCUAAGCAUGGUUAUGCUGUCUCAGAGCACUGUUGGUGGGGCAGUAGAUUCUUACUUCUGGUUUCACUGACUCUGUUUAUCUUCAGCAAUAAUCUUGUACCACUUUCAUGAACCAGUCCAAAGGCUGAGUACUUCUAAAUACAGUAAUGCCUUCAAAUUGCCUCCCCAGCUCACAAAUCUCCUCUAGAUAAGCCCCGUAUCUCGGACAAGCUAGCGCAAGCAGGUCAACCGCUCCUUGUUUAUGUGACCUCUUGGCUUGUGACCUGUGACCCAUGAAAAUUGGCCUUUGAGUCAGGAAAUUGCCUUGUUGAUUUUGAGUUUGCUUCUGGAUAGACACAGGUUAUGGGCACUAUGUUUACUUUGAGAGAAAGUGAACAAAAACGUGAGAUAAUUGAAGUUGUUUUUCGGUACUUACAGAAUAUAAACACGAUUGACACACAAAUAUAAGAGUCUAUGUUUCUACUCACACCACUUUUGUGUGCAUUUGUUCAUCCCCUGCAAAUCUAUGACGCCCAACCCUUUCAUCAGUCAAGGACCAGGGAAACAUGUCUUGUCACUUCUAUAAUAAAUGUGUACUAAAUCUCUCCCCACCAAGACACUGGCUCCUUUUCCUGGAACUUUUGCCCUCGUCAAACUAUUUACAGGACACAGUAGGCAAGCCAUUGUUCUGGUAAACAUUUACACCAUGUAUCAGACUACCAGUCACUCCUUUUUUCUGGGGAAUGUAUUUUAGGAGCCCUGACCACAUGUGCUUAUCUGCCUGAGUGAGCCCUGAGUAGACCAUGUGAGUCAAACAUAGCAAGGCUUACUGCUGUCUGUCUCCAAACUGAUGAGACUGAGCUUUAUGUGGUUGGCUGGUAUCGGGCACUGGAUCAACGUAAACACUGGUCAAUAUUGGCUCAUUUUAAGGUCUUUUUGUAGCUGGAUCGAUACAUGAGUGCCUUAAUAUGACGUUUUUGACUCUAAAGUUAAGGCUCAGCAUUUUUGUUGUUGAUGACAGGUGUUUAUCGUGGCGUUGAUGGAUUUCAAUGUGGUGGUUUUGUGACUUAAAAGGAAAUAUUUCAAAACAUAAUUGUUGUUUAUACGUAACUUAUUGGUCAUUUUGGCUCAGCAGACUGUAACAUUUGGUUUUCAUGCCUUUUAAUCUCCCUGAGUAACAGAGCACAAGAACACUGACAUGCUAAAUUUGCAGGGUGAUCUGGUUCAGGUUAGAGCUGUGUCUCUGGCAGUUUUGCAUGAGACAAAGCUUCUAGGAACCAAAUUUGCAGAGAGUUUCCCUCGAAACUUAAUCCCCUCUCUCUCCCAGGGGUCCACCUCCCUCCAAAGUUGGUUUGAAUGUUUUAUUUGCAGCAGUCGCCCCCUUUUGUACCAGGACCCUUCUGGGCUGGAUUGUGUGACAUCCUUUCUGUGCUCUCAGACUCUCACAGAGGUUUGGUUCUUUUUAAACCCAUCUGAAAGUGACCUAGCCCUCUCCUUUCACUUAACAAAUGGAUGGAAAUGAAGAGGUGGUGUAAUUUGGUGGUGAGAAAGUACUUAUAGAGGAAACACACACACACAAACACACGGCUUAGACUAAAAACCCCAAUUCCUCUUGAUGUCUGCCCUCUUAUGGAGUGAACAGUUAGAUACAACCAAGUAAGAUGCUUGCAUGCAUGUGGCUUUAAGUCUGAUAAAUGUUCAAAUGUAAAACCUAAAAUAAUUCAGACUUAAUAAAAGCUAUAAAACAGACUUAUAAUGGUGAUAAAGACAUAUCUAAACAGCUUGCCAAGUCCCUUCCAGACACCAGAUAUUUCUCUUCCUAGUGUUAUUGUCAGGAUGACGAUGAUGUAAGUGUCUCUCUUUAGCUGGGCUGCUUGCGGCGCCACACAUUUACUACUCCGCUAACAGCCACUUCAUGCUAGUUAGCUGUAUAGCAGCCCCACAGUUCCUCCUCAAUCUGGAGCCUCAAUGUGGGAGAGAUUGAGGGGGCUGAUGAGGGGUCUUUUCAUCUUUAUGUGGCCCUCGUUACUGAUUCAUAUAUGGAAAUGCUAAUCAGUGGUCACACGUCUUCUGAUGCAGGUGCCGGUGCAAUGUCCUGUAUUUGCGAGCAGGAGUUCUCUCCAGACUGUUUCUUGAAUAGUAUAGCGUCGAUACAGUUUCAAUUCCACCAGGACUCAACAAAAGCAUGGCAGUAACUUCCAACACAUAUCCAAACAUCACAAUUUUAGAUCACUCCACUUUUUGGGGAGGAAGGACAGCAGUUUUUUUUUAAAUUAGUCAACAAAUAUUUAUAAUCCGAUUGUUUAUUAUCCUUCAUAUUUUUAACUGUUUAAUAUGAGGUUCUUUAUUGGUGGUUUAAGAACAUUUCUUAAAAAGGCUAUGAAAAAAUAACACUGAUGAGAAGUGUUGGAGCAGCUGCAGAUCAAGCCUGUACAAUGUAAAGACUGCUAACAAGUGUAAACUUGUAUUCUGGGUGCUCUCUUUUACACCUACAGCUCUCUUGUGAGUUUUCAUCAACCUUUCUUUGUUACCAUCUAACUAAUUCUGUCAUGGAGACAGAGUAAAAUACACCAGACUAGCCCUCACCCCUUCCCCCGCCCACCUGUUGCACAAAGACAAACAGUUGUACAUUGCAUUGUCAGAGAGCGGAGGGCGGCACAGUGCUCUGUCUGGCAGCGCUGAUACGCCUCGACAGAAGGCGAUGCCCCCUCUCCUUUAAAUUGCAUUCCUGUGAUCUCACAUCAGACUCUGAGGAGUGCGCUCAGAUGGCUUCUAUCUGUCAGGACUCUGAUCUCAGGGUAGAUUUAGUCCUCUUUGCUAUGUGGAGCUCUUUGGUUGGAUUACCAUGUUCAAUAUUUGCUUCUUGACUGCUCUUGUUGAAAAUGGGAUUAUUAAUGCUAUCUUAAAUUUGCUUGAUGUUAAAAAGUAUAUAGAUUUGAUAUGAGAGUACACAGAUUUAGACAGGGAUAGUAAAAGGAUAGUAUAUCAGAAUAAUAAUACUGCUGCUUUAAAGAGGUUUUGCACAGAAAAUUAUGGUAAGUGAAAACAACGAUAGAAAAAUAAAAAAAUAUUCCGGUGCAGGUGUGUGAGUAUGCAAGCUGGUAUUAUUCUUUGGCUAAAUUGCACAUGAUUGAUUAGUAAAAAAACUGGAAAUACCAUACUCCUAUGCAGUUGAAUGAAAUUUAACUCCUUAAGCAGCAAAAUAAGCAGCAUUAAAAUGUCAACAUUCAGACUGAAGAAUAUCACAAGGUCUCACGCUUAAACAGCAUUUAUAUCUCUCCUGUAGACACUACUUCUUAGAUUGUACACACUGAUUUCCUGUUCGAAUACAUGGCUAGAUGGCUCAGCAUAGUUCUGGUACUUUAAAGCAUGCAGAAUAAAAUAGAAGUCAGUCAAGUAAGCAAAAAUUGACUGACAACACAUCAAAAAAGUCGUAGAACUCUGCAGCAGGCGCAUGGUUGCAUGAGACGCAUAAUUAAGCUACUUUAUUUCCAAUAGAAACUCCUCUUUAGUGGUGGUCUGUUGUCCCCAAAUCUGCCCCAGGUUCAACUUUUGUACUGGAUUAUUCUCAAAGUAAUAAUAGCAACAGUUCUCUCAGCCUCAGCUUUUCAGUUUGAGGGCAAUCAACCAAAUUUUCAUUUUAAUCACAAUUUUGGCUUCUGAUGAUCAUGAAAAUAAAAUAAGAGAGGAAGAUAAACUAUUACUGUGUCACCUGACAUAUUGCACUCAUUUUGUCCUUUGUAGUGAAUGGAUCGCUUCAAUUUGUAUUGACAGUCAGAGAAACUAGAGCCACAUUCAGGGCAAGACAAGCAAUUUGACAGACCAGUCAUAGUCCCAAAAGGAUGACUCACCGCAGGGCUGGUAGACUGUAAAAUAUAAUCACCGCUCAAUUAAUAGAGGCAUUGGCUCAUUUGUGUAAUUAUGUAUCCACAAGCCAAAUCAUGUAGCUCUCCCUGUCUGACUUCUCCUUUUUCUUAGAGCAGUUAUUUUUAGCUGAAGAAGGAGGUCGUCAUCAUCAGCAACUGUUUUUAAACAACAUUCAGGAGUGUGAAGAAGUUACAGAUGCCAAAAAAUGUGUGAAGUGGGGGACUGCUGUAUUGUCAAUGUGUUUUUAUGUCUUUAAGCCUAAUGUGUAAUGGAGAUGUAGCCAAAUCAAUGAGUAAACAUAUUGUUUAUUGCCAUAAUUGAACAACUCAGAGCUGAAACAAAGUCGCUGCAGUUGCAGAUCAGCUUAAGUUCAUGUUCAUCACAGUCUUAAGUCAUCACUGUGUGAUAAAACAUGAGCAUUUUAUUGAUUUGUUAGAUCGAGUAUGCCUUUGUUGAUCAUGUAACAUUGUUAUGAAUGUUUUUGAAACAUGUUCCUUAUGUGCUGUCUUGAUGUUUAAUUUAGACGGGGCUCAGUUAGGGUAGAUGCAGCUCUGCCUUCCUGCAGUUGCUUGGACUUUUUCUGUAUUACAACCUAAUAAUUAAGUCAAAAAGAAGAAUAAUGGAGGAAGAGUAAUAUUUAAACUCUAACAGAAUGCUGGAAUAGGUCAAUAAUAUUGAUGACAAAACCCCCAGAUUUCAUAAUCUCAUGCUGGUUUAAAGACUCUGCUAUUAAGGGCAUUGUAGUAUUAGCAGAGUUCAAAAACCUUACAAAUCGGGGGCAAAGAGUGUGUCUGAGACUUGGCACCUCAGUGAGGUGUCAGUGGGAAAUUCCUACCUAGUCCUUUUACAUCACAGUUCAUUUAAUCGACACAAUGAGAUUAUAAUUGUGGCAGGCACAGCUAUGAGAGAAGCUGGCAGGGUCACGCAAACUGGCCUUUUUUUAAUUUUGAUUUUUUUCUGGAACAUGGAACAUGGCUCUACAGCUUGAUAUCAUAAUGCAUGAACAAGUUAGAGGGCAUGUAGAGGCAGCAGCACUUCAGCAGUUCACACCCAAGUGAAAGUGUGAGCAUUCAUCACUCCUCUUGAGCUUUAAACAUUUUGCUUUAGCUGUUAGGAGUCACUGCGCUUUCUACAAGCGAAAAAGUGCACUCAGGUCCACACAAGGUGUGUUUGAUGGCAUGUGGGUGGGGAUCAGACUGUGCAGGUCAACAAAGGUGUCAACAUGCAUGACUUAGUGGAGUGAAGGUUGUGAAGAAGGGGCUUUUCCACAGGUAGAUAUAAGUUAUUGCUCCAUCGAGAUGUGUUGAAAUGUAUUUACCACCCAAGUGUUUACCUUUCCCCCAACCUUCUGUACCUUAUCGCAACCUGCUCCGACUGCAGAGGGCAAUGCUAGGGGAAACAAUGUCAUGUGGAAACAGACUCUGACACAACACUGACUACAUUACAGUCAAGAUAGCAGUUGAGACAAAAAGUAGCACAGAUUCAGACUUUUCUGGGGUCUGAAAAUUAUUAUUUUUGUGUUUCAUUUGAUCACAGUUGAAACAUCUAAGAAAAAAAAACCUUAUCUAGACAUGCAAAUCUAUUAUGUCAAUAAAAGAUAAAAGCAGUAAUAAAACUAAUCUCUGAAUGGUUUAAAGAGGUAUUUACAUGACUACUAGCCUACUAGUCCAAAAGUAAGAAACCGUUCAGACAGCAGUCAGGAUUGGGCAUGAUUUUAUUUAACAUGGCUGAACAGGGGGCCACAGUCUGCAGAUAAACUAUGUCAAAUUGAUUUGCAGAGUGUGGCUAAUAUAAGCAGAGCAUCACCAGCCUUGCAAGCCAAUUCCCACAGGCUUGUGACAUUCAUGCAUUGCUCUGGUUAGGUUGUUCUAUCCCAGUUUAACCAGAUGGAGACUACAUACCAUCCACUUUAUCUCUAUUUUAUAAAUAUAAAUGUAGCCUGUGCCCUGCUGCACCACAAGGUUUCAUCUGCAUUUUCUGCAUGUUAACAUAUGGUAUGGGUAGGUAGGUUGAAUUUAUUGUCCCCAUGAGGAAAUUCAUUUGCAGUAAGUUAAAAACAUGCACAAAGACAGCACACAUACACUGUCCCAUAUAAAACAAAACAAAACAACUCAGAAAAGACAAUAUAAAAAUAUUACUGUACUUUGUCAAUUCAAUCAAGUAUUUCAAUAAAUACUUUUAUAAGAGUAGGUAUAAGAGUAGUAUGGUAAUAGCUAUAAACCAGAGCUACAGCUAGAGGACACUGGGUAUGCAACUGUUUUUUUGCGCAAACUUUGCCUGGCAUUUUGGGCCAAAGCUAUUUUUCUAUACAUUGGUUGCUUUUUAUACAGUCCCACCAGGAGCUCAAGAUGCAAGACUGAAAUUGGUGUUCAGAGUCACUUUCUCAGAGUGGGAAGUAUAUUCUAUAUCUGUUUCCACAAACAGCAAACAUAAUCCAAUGCCCACGUUAAGUUUGAAAAUUGUUUAAUUGUGCCGAUAUUUUCUAAAUAGGUUCUGCUGAAAGAGGUUUUAGCUGCUGAUAGACGUUUGCAUAUAUGUACACACACAUGCAUACACUUGCAGACAGAGCCGAACACAUGAUAUCCUCCAGGCUUAUGCCCCUUUGGAGAUAAUAACAACACACACAAACACUCAGUUGGCAUGAGAAGUCACGGGUCAACAGAUUUAGGAAUGUGUCGGCGUACGUUUUGUUGAAAUGCAUUCACACAUUGCUUCAAGUGUAUUGAAGAGGAAAAUGUUAAUACGCUGCUGUUAAAAAGGUGUCUGCUCUUUAGGGACCUGGCUGUCUGUGUUAGUCUGUUGUGUUAAUUAGAAGGUUAGAGGAGAUCUGGAGACUUUAUACUCUGUAGAUGUGACACUGUUAUAGGGGGUCAAGGUCAGGAAUUUGAGAUGGGGUGAGAAGGCAGAGGGGGUGGGUGUCAACCACUCCAUACCUGUCACAGCUCAACCCCUGACCUUUUUGACACCCACCCACCCAGCCGCAGCCUCCUGCACUAAACCUCCUGGCAUGACACUCUUGUUUAAAGCCUGAGGCCACAGAUUCAGGGAGGGGCAGUGGAUGAAUCUGCUCAAGUGUUUUUGCCACAAGCUUGUCAAUCUGUUUCAUGUCUUUGUAUGCCUCUGGAAUCCUGCGCUGGUGUGCUUAGCCUGCCAACACAAUAUUUCAUGCUCCCUGCAAACAAUAUGUAGGUGCCUGACAUAUUUUAAGGGUGUGUGUUUACACUGGCAGGAUGGACUUGGAAUUGAAAAAGCUCUGCCAGGACAGGGCCUGUCUGCUGUUAUCUCUCAUGUCAGUUUCUGACUAGAUUUGUUAACAGAGAAUUCUUGCCACUAUCUUUCAGUUACUGGCGUCAAGUGGAAGUCUGUAUCACAGCAAAUAGCAUCACUCAAAGCUAGAUUUGUGUUGAUUUGGGAUUUUGUGUUAGCAAAAAUAGUUAAUGGAAAUAUAGAAAUUAUAUAAUUUUUGUUGCUGAUUUUAAAACAUAACGGCUGCUUGCAAAAUUGAUCUUUGUAGUAAAAUAAAUGACUGUAUUGAGUAGGGCUGGGCAAUAAACCAAAAAUUUACCGAUACCGAAAUUUACAACAUUACGUCAUAAUGUACUUUCCUGUGCUCUAAAUUUACAACAUUAUUUUACCCGUGCCAAUAUAUUUGGUGUCAAAAAAAUAAAUCAAUAAAAGUUGGUUUUGGAUGUGUUGUUAGGUUUUGGAUGUGUUGGUAUGUUAUGGUCUCAUGUCCCUUUAAGAUGAUGUCCUACAUCAGACAUGACUCCACCCAAUGCAGUCAAUAACAAAGAGGGAAAGACAGGUGAAGAGAUGGAGGCCGUUUCAAAAGUUGAAGCGGCUGGAAGUAGACAAAGUUAAUGUGGGAGGGGGUGAGCAGCUUGUGUAGUAGUUAUCAUCCAUUUAUCAUUAUCGAGGUGAAUUGCUCAAUAUAUUGUGAUAUUGAUUUGAGGCCAUAUCGCCCAGCCCUAGUAUUGACAUUAUAAUUCAGAGUUCAUGUUCUUGGAACUUCCUCUUAAAACCAAGGAGUUAAGUUAAACAAAUAUGGCAAAUCAAAUACCUAAAAACAUGGACGUAAUGACAUGAAAAGUUCAGUCAUAAAGUUACAGCAAGUUGAACAUAAUACAGCGACAAAUGAACAAUUCAGCAUUUCAAGAAUAUGAUAAUCACACCUUGUAUCAGAUCAUUGCAUUGAUUGACUUUAUUGAGAAUUUUAAUCUUUUACUGGUUUUGAUUGGUGGACUGGUUGAUUGAGGUCUAAGUUUUAUAAGGUGAAUUAAAAAAAUGGAUGAGACGGACACAAAGAUGAUACAUUUUAAAAUGAAACAUCCCAAUUAAAAAUAGAUAGACAAGAAUUAUAAACAUAUUGAUAAGCACUGCUAGUUUUCCUUUUGGUUGGUUCCCCCCCAUCUAUAAGGGUUGAAAUCUGGUUCUAUCAUAGACCGAGUUCCACAUUGUUUAAAACCCACAAACCAAAAACCAGUUCUGCAUUUGUGUCUCAUGGGUCCUAUGACACAACGUUGUACAAUUUGAAUCCCAUCAUAUAAAUUAAAUCACUUAUGCAUAAAUGCAAGUGUGGCAGAAUGGCUCAAUGUGGUAACAUGAUUAAGGUUUCGUUACAUUUUACCAAAAAAGUGCAAUUUCUGUUACAAAAAAAAUGCUCAGGGGGGAAAUACAACCUCCACAACCAAGCAUAUCAGCAUUGUGCUUUAGAUUAAACCAAAUUGUUGUGCCUAUGUCUGUCUUUGUGCUGACAAAACACUGUCAGCUGUGGGACAGUCAUCCUUUUCUGGUCCAGCAGGAUAAAAAAUAGUAAUCUGUUAUUUAAAUCCAUGUUGAAAUUGGCAGGAUGAAAGUUUGUUCCCUGAAUUCCGGAGGUGACACGAGGUUACAUUUUGAAGUGCUCAAGGGAAGGUUAAUGAAAGUACCAUGAGGCAAAAGUUGACUGAGGCAUUAUCAAUAACAGGAAUACCAGUUCUGUUAAAAUUUGAGCAUGGUCUUGUUUUUGCACCAAAUACCAGAAAAGUUUUGACAGUUUUUAGGUCAUUAAUGAGGCUCAAUGAUGGUAUUUCAAACGAUAAAUGAUACCCUUUUUAACACCGGGGUCUACAUACAAAACAAUAUGUUUUCAUGAGUAUGUUCAGCUCUGUUAAUCAUUGACCAUUUGGCAGUACUUAAAACACUGACACUCAUUAUGAACAAAGAAAUACCUUCAAAUUAUGCUAAUUGUCUUCUGUCCACCUGUCAAAACCUAAGAGGAGACACUUGGGUUCCAAAAAUAGAACCAAAUUAUUUACAAAGACUAAUUCUUGGGAGACGGGAGAAUCCCUUUUAGUCACCAUCUUUAUCUGUCGCCACGACAAGUGUUGAGGAAGAUUUUCAACGCCGUGCAUCCCUGUCAGUGACUGGUUCCUGAAAGCAGUGGCAUACUCUGCGUCUAGGUCUAGGGCAUUAGGAGCGAAGGGGAAUGUGACGCCAUGUUUGGAAUCUGAGAUGGGUCUGCAUGCCAGCCAGCACGUCUCUAACCACCCUUACUCUUCUAACCCCCCCACUCUGAUUCUCUCUCCUUUGACUCCCUUCCCCUGGCUCUCCCUGGACGUCAUUGCGAUCCGUGUGAACUGGACUUCCUGCUGUUCCUCAGCAGAAACAGAUUAUUGAUAGAAGGCAGGACUUUUUUUUUAGCAGGAUGACGGCAGCCCACGGCUAGUUUUGUUGGCGUGCACCAUUUGUCUUUUUUUGCACAUCCUGUUGUAUGUGGGUGGAAGUGGGCUCUGAUUAAUUCAGAGACACACCCCAUUCGAGCUCAGAAAGAGCCAUUUUCAGCCAUAUUAUUUACUUACAGCUUGUUUCCCUGUCCUUGAUUACAGGACACUCAAAAAGACUUUACUUUGUUUGUUUUCAACCAUUUUUGACAGUUUCCAGAGAACUAGUCAGAGCAGAUCCCUCAGUUGACCUCUGCCCUUUCUCACCAUCCAUCAGCUUUAAUGUUACUUGAACUAGAGGCCUUCAGUUUUCGGGGUUUAGAAGGAAAAUCCGUCAAGAGAAAAGUGGAUCCUUUUUUGAUGCCGUCAAAGCAGAGCCCUCGCUUGACUUUCCUUCGCUUUGAUGAGAGUGUUAGCUUAGCUCCCUGCCUCAUGCAAGCAGAGAUAGCUACCUGACUGUUUCAACUGCCUGCAGGGAUUUUCAUCAAGGUGCUGAGGGAUGCUAGACGAGUGCAGGCCUGCCUUUAUCCCUGUCAAAGAGAAAGCAGCCUAUAGAGAUGUCUUUCAUUUACAUAGCACACAGUAUUUAAAGCAAAGGCUUAUUCAUCACUUCAAUCCAGAGAGAAUGUAGAAUAUGUCGAGCAAAAUGCUUGAAGUAUUCAGUUUCUAUUCAGAUACAUAAGGAUACAUGCCAGCGCAGACAUUUAGAGAUAAAUUGGAAUGUUGCCUCGUAAAAACGUGACAGGGGCGUGGUAGUCAGGUAUAGCUGCGGCCUUAAUAUCGGCACAGAGAGUGACACAUGCAGCUCAGUGUCUCAGGGUUUGAAUUCCACACCAAGGCCAUGCCAAACCAUAACAAAGAGAGCUUUGACUAUCAUGAAUUACCUGUCUAUUGUGCAAACUUCAAUCAACAUGAAGUCACCCGCUUUCAGGCCUUGAUGAGGAUGUUGUUGAUGUGCAACAGAAACAUAGGCUGUGACUCUGACAGAAAGCUCAGUGUUGGCAGAAACAGUCACUGGCAUCCUUUUCUGCCCUUGUAUGGACUGUAUAUUCUGAUGGAAGGUGGAGAUAGACUUCUGAGAACAGACACGGAUCAUGAGGGCUCAGCCGACGUCUUUCACGAGCUCUCCUGCACCUGCACCACUUUUAUUGACUCCAUGCUGACAAAUGGCGAAUUGUUUAUAUUUAGCUGAUUGGCCACACAGUCGUCAAGCUGCAGGAAUAGAAACUCAGAGCAGGAAGUCCAGACUUAGCUUCAGUUUAAUGGGCGAAUUCCCAGUGAAGUCAUUAAGUCUUUUGGAUAGAUGCAACAACGACAAUAAGAGUAUUGUCAGAACUUCUGGUCAACAGUGAGGGUUGAAUUCAUAGGCACAGGAAAGUACAGUAUGACAAAUGGUUGUUUUUUGCACAAAGGUCAAGUUGCAUGCCCAUAUACAGGGGCUGUAAUCCUCAGAGUGGACGGCUCUCUGACCUUUACCCCAUUGCAUGACUCACUCUUUUUUUUCCCAAUUUGCACGUGCAUUUCAGAAUUUUCCCUGGAUUUUGCGACUAUAUAUACUGUCCUAUUAUUAAAUAACCACUCCAGAUCUCCAUCUGCUUACCCACGAUUUUUUUUCUUUUUGUUUAGCAUUUUUUUUUCUUCUCUGUUUCUCCUUUGUUUAGCUCUUCCAUGUAGCAUACGUCCUCAUCAAGUUUGCUAAUUCACCUCGUCCUGACCUCUGGGUGCUGGAGCGCUCUGUAGAUUAUGGGAGGACCUUCAACCCCUGGCAGUAUUUUGCACGUAAGUACCCGUGAUUUUACAGUGAUGUCUUUUUUUGUAUGGGUGUGUGUUAAAUGAAACACAAAAGAAAACUUUCUCUGUGCUUUGUGGAAGAGUUUAAAGUUGAAGUUGCAUAAGUUUAACCCUGCUGUUCUCACAACUGUCACUGGUUUCAGAGUAAAGCCUUGUAAAUCUGAUUUGCAGUGCGAAAACACACCAUCACCGAACACAUAAAAAAGACUAUUAAGACUAUAAAUACAUGGAUGCAGACAGAGAAUUAUCGGAUUAGAGUAAAUAUCUUAAGAAAUUAAAUAGAUUUAAUUGAUAACAUUAACAUUACCUCACUCAGCCAUGUCAAAUACACAGUGAGUCGAGCACCAGAGCUCCUGGGCUGGCCCUACUGAAUGGAAAGCAGCUAUUAUUAUUAUUAUUUUCAUCAAUCACAGCAGUGCAUUUCCUGCUUUGACAAGUCCCUGUGUCUGCUCUGAAAAUUGCCCAUGGUUAAGAUAGAUUAAAAUGAGCUCACUGCACAUCUUCAGUCUGUACUUCUCCACCAGCUUAAAGAAUUUAGCAGCAAAACUAACAAUGUUGCUUUAGAGCUUUGUGGGAAUUUCAAGAGAAUCGUUAUUUGAUGUGUAGAAAGAAGAAAGCAGGAGGAGAUAUUCAGGGACUUCAACACCCUCUGUGACUAUUACCCUUUAAUGUCAUACCAUUCCCGUAUUACCUGAACUACAUCCCUGGAAACACUCUUUGAAUUGCUGAUUUGGCGCAUGUGAUUUAUGAUAUUUAAUAUCCAGGUGGGACCUGCGCACUAAAUUUUCCAGCUGACAGAGCUGUGAUUCAUCAAACUUACAGUCAGAGUAUCUCUCUCUCUCAUCGUUUGUUCCUGCUCCAAGUUCAGGUUGAUUUAGCAACAUUAAGACUCCGACUUCUUAAACAAUGCUUUUGAAGGCUUUGUUUUCCUCUUACACAAAUACUGCCAAGCAAUAUUUGCUCGUCUCUUAUCGCACACAGUCCUUGUUCAAGAACACGUUAACACAACAAUCGUCAUUGUUGCAACAGCAAGUUUUAAUGACUGUUGAUAGUAGGGAGUAACUUUGGAGAGCAUAUCAAUGCAGUGUUAUUGUCAUUUCUCUAAAAAAAUGGGAUGAAUGUGACAGAGAUGAUGACAGAUUUGAACAUUUCUGUGUUUUGGGGGCAGAUUCAAAGCGAGAGUGUAUUGAAAGGUUCGGAAAGCAGCCCAAUGUUCGUGUACUAAAUGAUGACGAUCAACUCUGCACAACAGAAUACUCACGAAUUGUCCCUUUGGAAAACGGAGAGGUGAGAAACCAUGUCAAGCUGUUAAAAUCUUCGAGUGUAAAAAAAGAAAAUCAAUCUUUGUAUUUUUUAUUGGUGUUGUCCAGAUUGUGGUGUCUCUGGUCAAUGGUCGACCAGGGUCCAAAAACUUCACCUAUUCACCGGUACUGAGAGACUUCACAAAGGCCACCAACAUCCGCCUGCGCUUCCUUCGCACCAGCACCCUGCUUGGUCACCUGAUCUCCAAGGCCCAGAGGGAUCCCACCGUCACACGCAGGGUGAGGCACGAACUGUACAACCUGACACUCAGGUGUCAUGCUGGCAGACUUUCAUUUCCCAUUUGGGUGAACUGAUUUUACAGCUCAGCACCUGCUCUCAUGCUUACUUGUCACUGACACAAACACACUGACCACACUGAUAUUUAUCUUAGCCACAGCGUAAUAUCAGAGCUGUUUGACAAUUUGUCUCUUCAUGGUGAUUUCUUUGAUAAAGACACAGUUACUUCCUCUUAAAAAUGGAGAGUACAUGUUUUUAUCUUAUUUUAUUUUAUUUAAGUUUAUUUUUUUUCUGAGUCAUUAUUUGCUUUCAUAGAUAGAACUGCUGAGGGAGGACAGGAAAUAUGGGAAGUAGAGUUUGGGGAUGGGCACGCUUCAAAGGGUGUUGACUGAGAAUCAGUCUAGCUACCAACACAACAAAGACUACACCCUCUAUAUAUGGAGUUGAAACUGAAACCACUAGACCAACCACAGCCCCAUGAAGAAUAUGUUAAUAAAAAUACCAGUCCUAUCUAUUCUGGUUUAUAUUUAAACUGUACCUCAAUAUAUCCUUAUAUCCUUUUACAUCGAGAAGCUUAUUUUCACUAUAAAACUGAUACCAAGUUGAUGACUGUAGAGGUAAUUCCUGAAAUGUUUACUUUACUCAGCACUCAUGUCUCAAACGUCUUUAUUUAAUGAGUUUAGGCUCGUGAGGUCAGCAGCUUAGUCAUAGCUUAUGUUUUUAUAAUGCACUGAUUCACUCCAUAAAAGUUGCUUUGGCUUAUGGAUUGCGGUUGAAGUUCCUACUUGUUACCCUUUGUGACUCACCUCUGCUUCCAAGCAAAGACAGACAUUUUUGCUGGUGUUUCAUUGACGAUAAUCUGUCCUCCUUUCCUCCUGAUUCUGCUGUUAACUCCACUCUAACUACAAAAAAGUCUUGUUUCUCAAAUGUCCUAUUUUGUUGACAGUAUUUCUACAGCAUAAAAGAUGUCAGCAUUGGUGGACGCUGUGUUUGCCAUGGCCACGCGCAGGUGUGUGGUGGGGGGCGUGACCGGGACAACCCUAACAGGUUGGCAGUAUUCUUCUUACUAUGUUACUUUCCUGUGCUUUAUCAGUCAUUUUUGCACCAGUUCCUUACAGACAUUUCUAAAGUUAACCUUGAAGUAUAAUUUUAACCAAUCGAUGUUCUAUUUGUUCAUUCAUUAACGUGGCUGGAAAGUCAUGUCGACAAUAGGCCAGUGUGCCAGGAUGACUUCAUAGUGAAGACAAAAACAAACAGAGAUAAUGCACCGUUUUGUGGUUAGAGUGAUACUGAGUUGUUUCUGUGGAGGAACCGUUACCUCAUAUGUUGGUUCAUUGUCGUCAAGGGUCACUGUAUAAAUAAGCAGUUGUUUUUUCAUCACAGUUAUCAUAACAAUAGAAUAAGGUGAAAAUAUCCAGACCUUGUUUGCAGCAUGUUCUGCAAAACUCACUCAUUACUUGUUAAAACAUACUGCAUGUGUUUUUUGAAUCCGAGCAUUACUACAUACAGGUGUGCGCUCUUUUGUCUGCAGACUACAGUGCGAGUGUCAACACAACACCUGCGGGGAGUCAUGUGACCGCUGCUGCCCUGGCUUUAACCAGAAGCCGUGGCGCGCCGCGACUGUUGACAGCCCCAAUGAGUGUCAGCGUAAGUGCACAUGUUCUGUGGAUUCAAUGUGUAAACAAAACCAAAGUGUGGUACUCCCCUCUUUGAAUUACAACCCCCUCCAGAGUGGACUGGAGUGUCCUCUUGUCUCUGAUAUUUAAGCCCUGUUGUGGAUGCCCUGAUAUGGUGUUGCUGAGAGCCUGAGUGAAGAGUAGAGAGGACAUUCCCCAUAUGGUAUGUGUGAUGAUCAGCUUAGUGCACAGCUAGUAUCAGGAUAACUGCUUUUUGUCACUUUGGCUAGCUACUCAGCCAGUUAGCCAGAUAGCUAACCAUGCCCACCAGAUAGUCCCUCAUGCCAGCUUAUCGGCGAGCGAUCCAGUCCGCCAGCAGAGCCUCUGUCAGCUGGACUCUAAUUGGUUUGGACUGUUGACAGAAUUUCCCCCCUUAUGAAACCUGACCUUGAAGCAGCCACAGAAGCAAAGAGGGAGAAGAUGAAGACAUGUAAUCCAAUCAGGGCACUCAUGCAGAGGAAAUGUACCCUCACCUUUCAUAAACAUUAAUGAGAGACGAGGGUGGUUUACAGGAAGAGGAUGUGCCUUCUUGUUUAGUUAGGGUUUUAUAGUUUCUCCUAAUGCUUAACAGCCAGAGUCCUUUUUUGGAGAAUUAGUAGCUUAAGGUGCUUAAAUAGAGACUCGGGGGGUGAUUUGCUGAGAUAUAUAGCAUAAUUUUGUGUGUGUGUGUGUGUGUGUGUGUGUUUCUCGGGGGUUUCCUCUUUAGCCUGCCAGUGUUUCUCCCAUGCCUUUGACUGUUAUUACAACCCAGAGGUGGAAAAAAGGGGAGCAAGUUUAGACACCUUCGGCAGGUACGACGGAGGAGGAGUGUGCAUCAACUGCCAGGUAUGAAAUGCAUGUCAAGUCUAAACUAAUUCCUGUGCCUGAAUGUGUGUGUGAGUGUGUGUGUGUGUGUGUGUGUGUGUGAGGUUGCAGGGGAGGAGAAGGUCAUAAAAACGAAAGACAAAUUCCGUGCUGUCUGUGUAUGUUUUAUGGAGAAUUUGAUACUGUAUUAUCAGCUCUUUGACCUACAAAUGGGUUUUUAAGACCUUUACAAACUUUCUUGACAUUUCAGUCGAGGCAACAAAUUCAGCAUUCUGUUGUUGAAUCAAAAUAAAGUCAUAUCAAGUAUCACACUCAAGUGAAACGUGACACUGAUAAAGAGAGUGGGCACUGUGCCUUGAAAGACGUUAUUUCAAAAAGGGUGCAGGAUUUAUGCUCAUCCAGAGACAUCUUUAAUCCUGCGAUUAUUGCUAAAUUAUGCAGGAUUAUGAUUCACACAUUAAUCUUGUGUUACCUUUUUUAGCAUAACACCGCUGGAGUGAACUGUGAGCAAUGUGUUGAAGGUUUCUACAGACCUUAUGGAGUUCCCCCUGAGUCUCCCAGCGGGUGCAUACGUAAGUCCGAUUUUCUGUUCGCUCUCUUGGUUUCAUUUUAAACUCCUGUGAGGAUUUUUUUUUCACUGGUGGUAAAACAAACUGAAAUUAAAACUGAUUCAUCUCCAUGACUAACAAAAGCAAAAUAGAUAAUCAGCAGUAAGAUUGGUUGAGCCCAAAACCUUUGCCUCAGGGUAAGUGUCAGAGCUAGGGAUGAACAGAAACAGACAUUUUCUUCACAUUAAGCAGCAGAGGAUGAAAAAGCAGGAUGGAACUUUUUCGGGGGAAGAAAAUACUCCUACAUGUACAGAACAAAACCAGUGGAAAGAUAAGACAGUUCUUUGUUCACAAGUGUGUUAAAGAAACUUAAAAUUCCUUACAGGAGCUUUAUUUUAUUUUAUUUUGAACUUUAUGUACACGCUGAAUUCCUUUGUGUUUUUCUUUGCCAUGAUAGAGACUAAAAAAUUGUGAUUAAAACCCUUCUAAAUGUAUGAAAUUCAAAAAUAUAUCUAAUUAUAUCUGAGAGUGGGAAUGCUCUCGAGUGUGCAGACAGGUGUGUAACAUUAUUUUCGACAUGAAGAGGUUAACCAGAAGUCGCUGUCCAUCAAAUUUCCAGGAUGACGUUCUGGUUAAGUUUAAAAACUGCAUCUUCUCACUGCGCUGGCAUUUGAGCCACAAAGUUUAUGAUGAACAGCCCGAGUGAAAACAUGUCACAGGGGCAUGAGUCUCUUGUUUGAGACAGACCCAAAUGGCACCACUGCACAAACAGCAGUGGCACCAGCGCUUGUAUCAUUGCUCAACUGGGCUCUGCUCCUGUUUACACUAAUUUAAUGGUCCAGGGCUGUUCCUGGGUGUAUAAAUAGCUGCCAGUUGUGUUUGGACUCGAGAAAGUCGUGGAAUUAAGUUGCCCUCAGUGCUUUAAAAUCCACAAUCCCAGUUAAGUCAGCGUAUCAGGGGACGAUGUUUUCUAUAACAAAACAACAGACUGAGGCUGAGUGAACAAGCUUAGCUUUGGAGAUAACUUCCUUUGAAAUGAUUGAAACUGUCUAUCUAGAAGUAUCAGUACUUUUCUGCUGUCUUUAUGUGUACGCAAACCUUUUUAAGUCUAGAUCUGUUUGUGUGCUUAUUUGUCUACAUAAAAAUAAAGAAUUGCAACUCUUUAGCCUGCAGGUGUGAUGACAGGACUACAGCUGGUUGUGAAAUGGGAUCUGGGAGGUGUAUCUGCAAGCCGCAAUUUGCUGGAGGAAACUGCGAACGCUGUGCUGACGGAUACUAUUACUACCCAGAGUGCAUCCGUAAGUUUCACUUUCUAGCUGGAUACCUAGUUCAUCAAUCUCUGCUGUAAUCCAGAGACUUCAUAGUUCCAGUUGAUACCACAGGUAGUUUUCUCACUGAUCAUACAUGCAAAGAAGUGAAUAGGUAAUCUGCCUGAGGGUGCUAUUCCAUAUGUCAUAUAAACCAGACAUUAGCUGUGGACUGAUUGAUAAGAGUACCAAUUCUCAGUUCAAAGUUUUAUGAGCAACAGAUAGAUUUAUUACUUAGUGUUGUUAUAAAAACUGUACGUCUCUUCUGGAAGCUGUUAACACCAAUAAUCUAGUCUUAACAUGUCACAAUUAUUAGACGGCUGUCUGGAUCUCUCGAGUUCACGCAACUUGUGUUAUGGAAACAGCAGAUCAAAGUCAUUGAUUGCUGAAGAGUUGUUAGAUACUUUGAAAGAUAUACUGUACAUAUUUUCCUUCUUGUAAAAAGUCAGAUGAAGGAUUGAUGAUAUUUGUGUGUCUGAUGGACCACCUCCAAGUGCCAUAAUCUUAAACUCUGAUCGGCCAUCUGCCCUAACAGUUGCAGGACUUAAGUUCCAGCUCUCAAUUCAAUUUUGGCUGGCUUUUUUGGUCCUAAAAACAAGCAUAAAACACUGUUAUUCAAUAGUUUUACAUGAAUAAAAAUGAAUAAAAAAACUAUAGACAUUAAUGUUACUGUUUAAUACAUAAUGACAACAUUUAAAGCUGAAGUAGUUGCAAUCCAUGAAGACAAACUGUUAGAAUUUCAUACAACCACUGCACAAAUCAGAGUCGCAUAUGACCCUGCAGGUUAAAGCUGGCUCAUUAACAUGUUGAAACUUGUUUAUUUAAUCCAUUUAAAAACAUUGUCAACAUACAUUUUGGUUGAAUAGCACAAUCAAAUUUUUGCAAGAAUGAUAAUAAUGCUAUCAUAUUGCCUCAAAUUGCAUUGUGGUCUGUCGUUCAAGAGUUGCAAAACAAUCUCCCACUGCAGUAAAUAAAGGUGACACUUCCUGACUGUUUCCAAUCAGUGGAGGUCUUAAUCUGGUGUCUCUCCUUUGCAAUCAGCGUAUCCAGUAUAUCAGACAACCACCAAAUCUCCUGCAGGACCUAUUGUGGGUAAGUUUGCGAAAAAAAAGGGUUUGGCAGUGUCUUACUCUACAGUUUUGAAUUUUAACUGUAUUUCAAUUUAAAUUACAUUUCCUAAGUCUCCAUCCUGUCUUCUCUCUCUCUGUAUAGUACCUACCGCCUGCCCUACGGGUUAUUUCGGCUCGCCCAGCUGCCAGCGUGAGUAUGAUACUUCCUGAUAUGUUUGCCUCUUUAGAGGUGUUAACACACAAGUGCAAUGCUAACUGCUUUAAUCAGGUCUCCCCAUUUACAAGUAGUGUAUCUAAAAACAAACUGAUGCUUCACCUUUUUUAAGAGCUUCUUUUACAAGGCAGUCCUUGACUUUAUUUGUCUGAGUCACAUCAUAGACAGCCCAUGUUGUUAAAAAAAGGGUUUAGACCUCUGCUUUAUCCUUGGAUUUGGUUUGAUGCUGAGAGAAGGACUCAGUCAAGAGAGGCUUCAUGUAUAUUGGAAAGGUUAAAGGUCAGAUUGUGUUUGUAGGCCUUAAGAAAACAGAGCUAGCAGGAUGUUAUGGUUGGUUUUAAUAGGACUAUUAAAACACUUGUCUUAUAUGUUUUCAGAUUGAGUAAAUGUGCUGCUCGGUGACAGCUGAUGUCUCUUAAUAUAUUGUGCUCUAAAUGUCUCAUCAUGUGCGUCAGUGGGGAUUUAAGCUCAGUAAUCAGUUGGGACUGUUCAGUGAGAACUAACCAGUCUAUUAUUAGGUACGGCCCCUGUUCUGAAUUCCUUUUUCUGGUUUCCUUCAAGCUGGGAAACCAAUUAUUAUUAAUAUAGUAUUUAUAUUCAAGCAAAACCCUUCAGCCCUGAACCGUUUCUGUCUUAUCAGAGAAUGAAAGCAAACAUUAACUUUUCCUCUGCUUGUCUUGAGUGUGUCUUUCAACCUGUGAGCUGAUCAAGAAGGAAUUUCAUAAACCUUAAAAAAAAGCAGAUUAUAAUGUUUUGGGGCAAAGAAAAUGGUGGCUGUUCUGUUGUAGUGCCAAAUCUAUUCGCAUACCAAUAACAGGCGAGGCUUGGCGAGGCGUAUUCACCAGGGUAACUGUACCACUGUGUGCCUUAAUACGAGGAAAGUCCAACUAAAGAAAGUGUUUGUCAUUCCUGGGUGUUUUAGUGCAAAUUAAGAGCUCAGACUGAUUCAUAAGCAGGUUCAAGUGUUCAGUGGGUCUAUUUAUUUGAUUCUGUAUUAGUAAGGAUAUAAUUUGUUCACUUUUUUGUUGUAAUUAACACUCCCUGUGCACAGAGUGUAUAUGCGACUAUAGAGGGACAACGCACAGGGUGUGUGACGCUGCUGGGCGCUGCCUGUGCCGUCAGGGUGUGGAGGGGGAGCGAUGCGACCGCUGUCAACUUGGAUACCACUCCUUCCCAAACUGCCAGGGUGAGAAAGAAUGAAUAGAAUGAUGAAUAUUGACCUAUAAUAUAAUAAUAUAAUAUUAUAAUCAUAUAAUAUAAACCUAGAAAUAGUGGAAAAAGCAUGUAUUUAAAUGUCUUCUCUCUCUCUUGCAGUGUGUCUUUGUGAUGGUGCUGGUGCCUCUGAAAAUGCAUGCAGUCCAAGUGGACAGUGUGCCUGUCUGCCUAACUAUGUAGGCGAGAGGUGUGAUGAAUGCGCACCAGGCUACUAUGGAUACCCAGACUGUGCUGGUGAGUGAGUUUGAUCCCUACCACAGAUGAACCAAUUGUGUGCAUGUAAUCUGAUUAUAAAAAGACAACAUGACUGCUGGUUCCAUUGGGCUUACUCUUCCCAUGACUCCUAGGAGCAAACAUCUUCAUAUUCCCAUGGUGCCCCAUAAAACUGUUAUUGUCAUUCUCUUGAAUUAAUUUACAACAUGUCACAGAGAACUGGACCAUGUGAUGUAUAUAUAUGGACCGUUUUCCUUUUGGGGAAUCCUACUCCCAAGAAUAGACCACUGGGAAAUUAGUUUUCGGGAACAAACAGGAGUCAUUUUAAAACUCAUUUUACUUUAAAUAGACCCUUUUUUUUGUUUAGCUUCUUGAUGAUAACCCUACAGUAGUCUAAUCAUAAUACUAUUUAACUCAGUGUUUUUUCUUUCCUCAGCCUGCAGAUGUACACAGGAAGGCUCUUACGGCAAUGUUUGCAAUCAGCUGUCGGGUCAGUGCCUAUGUCUCCCAGGGGUGGUGGGACAGCAGUGUGACCGCUGCGCCUCUGGACUCAGGUUCCCUCAGUGCUCAGGUGACCUCAGUAGGAACCAUAAUACUGAUAUCUGUUAUGAUUGGACUAAACUCCAGAGCAUUUAGACCAAUCAGAUAAGGCGACAGGAUUUUUUGAAUUUUGUUGAUUUUGUUGCCCCUUGUGGACAAAGCAAGAUGAUUUAUUUCUUUAGCAAUCAAUGUUCGUAGUGUUUUUUGGCAAAAGUGUGGAAGAUUUUUAUACCAGGCAGUCAUUAAAUCUUUUUCCCAUAUUGAUGUUUUUCUGUACUUUUGCCGGUUGUAGAGCACAACAUUUUAUUAUUAGCAUUAUAUUUAUUUUAUUAUUAUUAUUAUUAUUAUUAUUAUUAUUAUUAAUUUAUUUUUAUUAUUAUUAUUUAUUAUUAUUUUUUAAUUUAUUAGCGUAUUGUUUGUUUUAUUACCAUCUAAAGAACUCCUCACAUGAGCUCCAAAUAGGAAUCAGUCACACUUUUUUUGUAUGUGUUGAUAGCUCUCUUCUUUAACAGCAUUGCUUUUUUGACCUUAGGGUCAUGUUUGAGAGUCCGCCACUAAAACUGACUUGAUGUUUAUACUUUGGUGUCUUUUUUCUCCUGUGCUUUCAGCCCCCAUCAGCUCAUGUAACCUCGCAGGAACUGAGUUCGCUGAUCCUCUAACGGUAAAAGUUAAUCUCUGUGAUGCUUUUUCUACCCGAAUCAAUUUUUUUUUCCUGUCAAGACAAAAGCGGUCUCAGAGUUUCACAAAUAAUGGCACUGCUGCUUUUCAAAAGCCUCUAAGUUUUAAGAGGAAGUGUUUUUCCUGUCAAAUGUAAAUGCAAUUAGAACCAAGGAAAAGAGACUUCCUUCCCGAUUGAAGAAGCAAAACAAUGAGUUUUUGGAAGGUCUCUGUGACUCUGUUUUGGGACUUGUUUCAUGAUCCUUUCUUGUAAUUCAUAAAAAAUGUCAGUGUCGUUUGAUAUGCAACAGCUCUUUGCUGAUUGUCAACAUUUCAACUUUUAACCACAGUCUCAGACACCCUGACAUUCCUUAUGUGUUUUUUCAGGGCUCCUGUCGCUGCCGAACAAACGUAGAGGGAACUCAGUGUGACAGGUGCAAACCUCUCUACUGGAGUCUGGCUCCAGAUAACCCUCAUGGUUGUAUAGGUAAGAGACUGUAAAUCUCAACAUGGUAGAAAACUAUUGACCUGUAUUUUGUCAGAAAUAGUUGUACUCAGCUGACCUCCUGUCAGCCCUGAAAUGCCCCUGUUUCAUUUUUCUUCUUCUAGAGUAGUACUUGUGAUCACUGACCCAAACUAUAUUAAAUCACCAGCAGCAAACUGACAAGGUACUGAUAUGGGUCUUGGCCUGCCUUACCUAGAGGAUAUGUCAACAUACUUUCGUCAACGAGGCAGGAUUUUUUUUUUUUCUGUCUCUCAGAGGGGAUCUGAAAAGAAACACAAGAACAGGCAAAUUCCUGCUCUGAGUGUUGAGCUACAAGUCAACCUGUGUGAUUUUAUGCUGUGACUUUGCCUUUAUAGGUACCCAGAUGAACAUUAAAACAAUUCCUCAGGAAUUUUUCUUGGUCCUUUCAAACAUAAAUCUCUCCUAAUCCCCUGAAAGUACUUAAUAUGAGAGUAAUAAGGAGGCUCCAUUAUCCAGCCAGCAAAGGAACAGCUUCAGGCUUUGUCCAGAUCGCUGUCUUAUGUUACAGCUCUGCUCCAUUGCAAGAAUGUUGUCACAACCACACUGCCUUAAGACACAAGAAGGGGGAAAAAAAAGCGCUUUCAAUAUCCCAAGAAUUCCUCUAGUCGACUGUGGCCGGACAUUAAGGGGAUGUUUUUUUUUCAGUAGGUUGAAAGCGAGCCGUGCCUGUAAAUCUCUGGACCUUUGAUGUGCAGAUCUCUGAAGAUUGUAGGUUUUUGUGCUGCUGUGUUUUCAGCCAUGAAAGUGACAAAAUCCUGUAAUCAGGGUCUAUUCACUGUAGAUCCCCCUUUGUAUUUUCAUAACCUUUCCCCCUUCUCCCUGCCCCUGUCUCAUACCAGAAUGUCAGUGUGAUCUGAAAGGGACCCUGAGUGGUGUUGGAGAGUGUGAACAGGUGAGUAUUUCAAUGCUUCCACUGUGGACACACAUCACUACACAUCUUCUAAUCAAAUCAUGAUUCAGAUAUGACAGAUAUGAUACAGACUGCAUGGCUGAACCGCACUGUCUCAUACUCUCCUGAUGAUCUAGAAAAAAGGACAAUGUCACUGCAAGCCUAAUGCAUGUGGACUUUCAUGUGACACCUGUAAGGAUGGAUUCUACCUGCUGCAGAAAAAGAAGUAUUUCGGUUGUCAAGGUAAGACAUCCUCUUUUCUGGCUCGAACGCCUCACAUAACAACACACUCACACGUUUUUUUUCCCCUUAUGAAGUUUUUCCUCACAGAUUUAUCUCUGUCUGAUAGGUUGUGAGUGCGAUGUUGGAGGUGCCAUCAGCAUGGCGUGUGAUGAAAUGUCGGGGCAAUGUCAGUGUCGGAAGAAUGUAGUCGGCCUUCGUUGCACUGAGUAAGAUCCGGCGUUCUUCUUGUGAUCUUACAUGAAGAUUCAGAUAAAAGUUUGAACACUUUUUGCAGGUAUAGAGUCUUAUGAAUGUUGUUUUGAUAUAUAUUUUCCCUUUACCUUGCUAGACCAGCACCAAACUACUAUUUCCCCACUCUUCACCAACUGAAGUAUGAGGUUGAGGAUGGCACCACGCCGAAUGCCAGACCGGUGCGCUUUGGUUAUAAUCCUGAGGAGUUUCCAGGAUUUAGCUGGAGAGGUUAUGCUGUAAUGUCUCCUGCACAGGUUAGUGUUUAGUAUGUAUGCAAAGAUGGACGACAUGCCUCAACGUCUUUACUCUGUACAAAAGUGAAGCUAAAAUCACAUCAAGAGUCUCCUGGAGAGGAUCAGCCAGUAAGGUCAAGGAGUUGGGGUCCUACUAAGAAAUUAACUAAAACACCCUUUUUUCAGCUCAGUAUAAAGUUGAUCUGCUUUAAGAGUCAAUUCAGUACCACAGUUUGUUAUUUUUACGUACCCUGUUGUAAAUCACAGUUGGCCAAUACUUUUAAAAUUGUUAAAAAUUGUGGAAAACAGAAAAAUGGGCCGACGGUGACGUCUGGAGUCUUUUGAGUGUUUAUGCAAUGGAUGGGCUACGAUGUGGUUUUGAAACUUUUAGCCUCAAAUUAUGAAAAACAACCCAACUGUGUUUGAGAACAUUUAUUUGACAUGUAUUUUGAUGACUCAGUUUCCAUCUUUUAACAUGGAGGAGGUGGUGUUUAUGAGCCAUGCUGUUUUUGGUCUCACUCUUGGGGAGCUGUUGUGUUGUCCAUGCUAUUACAUAGUGAUUAUUGUCUACAUAUAUGUUGGAUAUGCUGCUGCAGUCAUUCUGUUAAUCAUAGUAUGAAUGGGAAAUCUCUAUUUUGGGACUAUCCACCUUUUUCUUUUGCACUCUAAUCUGAAAGCUGUAUGACUGUUUGCCUUUACCUCUGCGCUGAUAUUCCUGCUUAAUGCACUAAGCUGAUGUGGGGACGAUCUCUCUUUGAACUAACAUUUUCUCUCUUUAGCCCGAGGUGAUCCUAACGCUUACACUUGGCUUUCCUGGCCUUUUCCAAAUUGUAAUGUGCUACUCCACACCCAAACAAAAAAAGGGGGCACGAGUAAAAGCAAGGAUCUUGGUGGUGGAUGAAGCUGGCUUUCAUUCUUGCUGUGACUGUAAGUGAAGGGCAUGCCCCCGCCCCCUCUGGCUGUAUUCCCCCCUCUUUUUCCCUUUGCGUUCUGUCCUCUGAUUAACCUGCUCGGUUUUUCUUCAUCUCUCCGCUGACCCGUCGUGAUUUAUAAACAUUCCCCUAACAUUUUACCCUCAUAGUCGACUCUAACCUGUGCCGUGUCAGUCAGAUGUUUGUCACUCUUGUCCCUGCAGAGUGAGGUCAGAGUAACAGUGCAUGUUGACCCAAAAGAUGGGAGACAGCACUUGUUCCGCGUGGUUCUGCGGUUCACUAACCCAACCAGCACCAGUGUGACAGGUAGCAUCAAGGCUACCAAUAACAGAGGCGCUGCAGGUAAGGCAGCCUCUGACACCAACUGGGCUUUAACACCUCAUGUACAUGAAUUAAUGACCAUUUUCUCAAACCUAACCAUCAUUCAAAGAACAAAACAGAUUUUAGUUUUCCUUUUAUGUCUUUAACAUGUAAUCUAGUGCAUGUUUGUUUUUCCACUCUCUGUUUUGUUUUGUUUUCUCUUCUCUGCAUGAGUAACAUUACAGACAUUUCUGCUUGCUGUUCGGCAGGGUCAGAGCAGAGUAAGGAAGUAAUAUUUCCACAGAGCCGCUCUCCGUCCUUCCUCACCGUCCCAGGAGAGGGCUUUGCAGAACCUUUUGCAUUGACCCCUGGGAAAUGGAUCAUUCACAUCAGGGCAGAGGGGGUUCUUCUGGUAAGUGUAAAACCAAGACUGAGAUGAACAGAUGAUCAUGGGAAAAUUUAGAAUGACAGAAAUGUAACGCAUUACUGCACUUUUUGUUCCUGUUUAUUCCUCUCAAACUUUUGCAUGCACUGUCACUCUCAUUGUACAGGACUAUUUAGUGCUGCUGCCUCGGGAUUACUAUGAAGCGCCUUUGCUGCAGGAAAAAGUCACAGAGCCGUGCACAUACCUGACCUCGGCAAACAGGGAUGCAAAGUAAAUCUUUAUCAUUUUUUUAAUUCUUUUUCUGGACUUUUUUGGGAGGAAAGCUGGUGAGAGGGGAGUGGAGAGGGGGACAAGACAUGCAAAAAAUAGUUGUGGCUGAAAGUUGAACCACCAAUCAAUUUGGGAUGUGAGCUCAAUCUUUUAGGCUGACAGUACCCCACUUAAAUCUUUAUACUUUUUAUUAAGUUGUCAGCCACAGCUUCAGUUCUCAGUGUGGCAGACUGACCACUUAAGCUCUAAUAAACCUACUAUCUUACUUGUCUUGAGUCUUCCUAACUUAAUCUUUGUUUUUGGUUCAGUAGAGGUGUCUUUGCACAGCCAUAGUAUAUCCUACAAUCCAGAUUAUUUGGUCAUUCUAUAGCAAAAAAAUACUCCGAAUUUUCUGGACAAGGCCCAACUUUAGCAGUCAAUAUACAAAGCUCAUACUUGUUUUAAGAAAUCCAAAUAUUCUUUGUACUCGUCUUUGUUUUCACAUUGACCUAAACUCACAGUUCUAACCUUUGAAACGCCUUUGUGUCUUCGUUCUAGUUGUCUGUUGUACAAGCAUGUGGCCAUAGACGGCUUCAGCUCAGCACUUGGCUCUCAAGGAGUCCUCUCUAACCGAAACGGGCGCAGGAAGAGGCAAGCUCGAGUGCGGCGACCCACCCCGGAUCACCCUGAGAUGGCUGCCCUCAAUGGCAGACAGGUAGGAUGGAAGGUCUGGAUUAAAAGUUGAUUUAAUAGUAUUUACUGAUAGGUUGUUUCUUUCCUAAAAUUUUUUUUGUCGUUUUUAUUUGAGUUUGUAAUAACAAGAGAAAGUGACUUUGAACAAUCUUGUAGUCACAGCUUCAACUGAGUCUACGUGUGCCUCGUCCUGGCCCGUACAUCCUCGUCCUGGAAUAUGCUAGUGAGGUUGACGCCGUGCAGAACGUCAACAUACUGAUCAGUGGUCAGACAGCUGAUCAGAUCCCAGCCAGGGCGAAUGUUUACAGCUGUGCCUACAGGUGAGAGCUGUAGUUGCUGCUUUAGCUUUCUGAACAUUUCCAAUUUUAAUCUUUGAAGCAGGUAAAAAAAAAAAAAGUUUGCCAGAGUUAUGAGUUGCAAAAUAUGUAUUUUUUUUUAGCUUUUUGUGUCGGAGUGUGGCCGUGGACGGCAGCAAUCAGGUGUCAGUGCUGCAGCUCACUCACAAGACGGAUGUCCUCCUGCAAACUUCCACUACCUCAUUCCUGCUGGUUAGGAAAAUGUUUUUACAAAGCUUUUACUGUAACUUGCUUUAAACAGAGCAGGAUGAAUUCAAACACAUCUAUUUCUCUUUGUAGUAUAAAGUGUAUGCAAUCCCUGCUGAAGAGUUUUCCAUGGAGUUCGUGGACCCUAAAGUGCUGUGUGUCUCAACUCAUGGCCGUUUCACUGAAGACAGGUAAGUAACCCUAAAUAAACUUAGAUGAAUGCUGUAAAUAACACCAUCGCUCCUCCUAUAAGGUGUAAUUAAGGAGGUGAUGCUACAAGACGAGACCUCAGCGUUGUUUUGUUGAGCUGAAGAACAAACAUCUGUUUUUCCAGGUGUGAUAAAUGGCAUUCCUCCAGCAGGGAGGUCAUUUACCUGAGGCUGAAGUCGGGGUCAAACUUUCUUUCUCUGUGUUUUUGUCACACUAACUUUAAACUCUCUCUGAACCUAAAGACCAGGUUAGGUGGUUUAGUUACACAUAUUUGCUGCCUUUAGUGCUCUGUUAGAGGCUCAUUUAGGCAACAGUGUCUUUGGCUAUAAUUGUGUAGCCCUCAAGAACUUCUCAGGUGUAGCUUCACCUGAAAUGUCUUGCUGACUUGGAAUAGCGUACUGAAGCUAGCCCACAUUUUCCAUCAUGUCAAAAGGCAGAUUCUCAAGAGCAACUAUGAUGAUUCUGGUUGCUGCUGUUAUUCUUACUUUAGGGUGGUCGCUGCUCUAUUAUUUAGCUUUGUUGAAUGACUAAGUAGAGGCUGCUGACAGGAUUUUGCUGUUGCUUUUUUUUACUCUUCCUAGAGGCUCUUGGUGCUGUUUAAGAUGAUGCUGCUUGAGAGGUUCUCAGUGCCCAAGAGCUGUCGCAGCAUAAUUAAAGGGAUAUUUCGGCGUAAAAUUAAGUUAGGGUCAAUAUACAGUGGGCUCAGGAGCCACACUAUCAACCAAAACUCCAUUCUAUAGCCACAAAUAAUUCUCAGAACAGCACCUAACUUCAUCAGCAGUACAUAUAGGGUCCCAGCCAUAGUACUAGCCACCAAACAUCUUUUUAACUUUGCCUGAUUUCCUUAGCAAAGAGACUAAACACAACUCACCCACUCUCCUCCAGCAGCUGCUUGUUUGUAGGGAGACCUCAGGCCAGUCCAUUACGGACUACAGCGGGGUGACGCAGCUCAAGGAAGAACAUUUAUGAUCAUUACUUUAUCAUUUCCUUGAAGUAAUAAUCACCAUAUUAAUCAUUUUGCACUUCAGACAUGGUAGUUGUUCUGCCUUAGUCUUGGUCUGAUUGCAUGUCCAUGAAGAUCAUAAAUGUUCUUUCUUGAGCUGUGUCACCCCGCUGCAGUCUGUAAUGGACUGGCCUGAGGUCUCACUACAAACAAGCGGCUGCUGGAAGAGAGUAGGUGAGUUGUGUUUGGUCUCUUUGGCAUAACUAUAGAAGCCAGCGGUCGGCAACAUUCAUCUCUUGAGGGGGUGUCUAACUCGAUGUUACGGUGUGUUUGACCCUAACUUAAUUUUACACCAGAAUAUCCCUUUAAUGUGCCAUCUACUUUGCUGUUUAUUAUAUGCCGUUAAUGUUAUGCAUCUCUCAUAAUUAGUAAUAUUAGAAUUCAGGUACAUUGUUAAAAUAUAGAAUUAGAUGUAGAAAAUAAAGAGUCUUUUGAGAUGUUUUUUGUAUUUCACUGGAUUCCUCCACCAUCCGCUGACCCUGCUUUGAACUUAGAAAACUGUGACCUAACUGUGGAGCUUUAGACGGUAACACCCUGUUUUUGUCUCACGUGUCCAGUCGCCACUGCAUUCAAAGUCACUUUGAGAAGCCGACCUCAGCCUUCAUCUUGUACGCUGCCCGUGAUGGACAGCUAUCUCCGGCACCUGCUGUUUCCACCCAACGAGAAGAAAACGAGGUUUGGAGGUUGAGACGACAGACAAUAGUGUCCCCUGACCGUGAACCACAGAGUGAAGGGGUACUACUUAAAUUCCCUCAGGUACAAGCUCCUUCAUAAGCCUACUGAAUACUUUUCUGGACUCCGCUCCACUGCCAAAAGUUUGUGAUGUCCAGUGAAACUAACUCAUUUUCAUUUCACUGCUUGACUGCUAGUCUUCUCUGUAAUUUCUCCCCCAGACUGAGAUCAAUUUCAUUCCCAAGGUGCCCCUCCCUGACAGGUAUGUCGUCGUGGUCCACUAUCACCAGCCUGAGCACACCUCCUUCCCUGUGGAGGUCCGAGUCGAUGCAGGGCGUGAGUGGAAAGGUGAGUGUGUGUAGGAAGAACUUACACGGUUUUAUUGGCUUCAAGUGGAUAAACGAAUAUGACUAGGAAAUCCUCUUCAGACAGGAGGUGAUUCCUCCUUAAGAGAAGAUUAGGGAGUUAGGCUCAUGACAAGAUGAUCCACAACCCGGGACAGAAUUCCCUAAAUCCCUUUAAAGGAGGGAUGAGUAUUUUUGGACUGUAAUGUGUCAUCCUAAAACUCUCAAUUUUUUUUACAGGUUCAAUAAAUGUGUCGUUCUGCCCUGCCGUAUCUGGCUGCAGGGAGGUUGUGAUCGCUGAGGGACGCAUUGCCUUUGACCUUGAGCAGAAUUCAUGGCAGCAGCCCACCAUCGUUGUGAGCGUGCCCCAGAGGAAAACUCUUAUUCUGGUCAGUGGUCAGCAUUUAUGUUUACCUGCCCAAAUAAAUCAUAACUAAAUUACAAAAUGACAAAAAGAGAAGCUAUAAGGAGUAGGAUAUAUCUCUGUGUGAAGUCUGCAAGUGUGUUUUGCCCUGGAGUUGUUCAGGUUGGGUACUUGGCAUGCUGAGGUCCUCUGUCCUCACUGCAACGCCAUAUCCCCAACAACAACAAUGAAGGGACUUUGCACCACCUGGCAGCCCCACACAGCUUAAUAAAAGCCGAACUCCUAAAUUCUCAAACACAGGGACAAGUUGGGCUUUGCUUGCUUUCUGUUUACUCGAUGUACUUUUCCUUCCUGAGAUAAAAUCAAGCAGUAAAACAUGGCUUAAAACACUUCAAAUCCUCUUUUAAUCUGUUUAUCUCUCCCUGCAUCGUACUAACAAAUGUCUUUAAGGGCAAAACAAACCAAAACAUAACUUUUCUGAAGAGAUUGUGUGUUUUUAUCAUGUGUUAUGAUUUGUAUCUUUUUUUAUAGGAUUAUAUCAUGCUGGUUCCUGACAGCAGUUAUACCCCAGAUCUUUUGAAAGGAAAGCCGCUGGAUAAAUCUGCAGACUUCAUAGAGCAGUGCAGAGGGGAAGGUUUCUUUGUUGAGUGAGUAUCAAACCUGUCAGAUCAUCUCUGUACUUUUUCUCUGUAUUUACUUCUUUAUAUGAAACAUUGUAGUGGAAGUUUUUGGAAACAGUGCCCUCUAGUGGUGAUAAUGUAGUAUAUGACCUCUUUUUUUUUUCUAUCCCUUCAGCCCAAGAACAUCUUCGCAAUUCUGCACGGACGCUGCCCGUUCUCUCGUAGCGGCCUACAACGAUGGAGCUCUUCCCUGUAACUGUGACCAAACUGGUUCUACUGGGACCAGUUGCGAUCCAGUUGGAGGACAGUGUCCCUGUAGACAGCAUGUCAUAGGUCGACAGUGUACCAAGUGUGCAACAGGAUAUUAUGGCUUUCCUUACUGCAGACGUGAGUGAAUCUUGCUUAUUUUCAUUGUUAUAAAAUGUUUUGAGUAAAUAACAUCUUUUUCUCUCCUGCAGCGUGUGAGUGUGGCCGUCGGCUGUGUGACGAGGUAACGGGGAGCUGUAUCUGCCCUCCUCAGACGCUCAAACCAGCCUGUGAUGUGUGUCAGACUCAGACCUUCAGCUAUCACCCUCUCUUGGGUUGUGAGGACUGUGAAUGCUCUCCAAACGGCAUCAAAACCAGUGCAGGGCCUGAUUGUGAUCGUAUUACCGGACAGUGCAAGUAAGUGGAAACUAAAACUGUGUCUAUACCAGGAUAAGACAUUUGCAUUUCUUUGUACCAGCUGUAAAUCAAACCACUUAUUCAGAUUUGUGCUUUUUUUUCGUACGUUAUAAAAAUAUAAAAAUAUGAAAUACAUCUGACAACAUGACUGUUUAUAUCAAUGUAGUUGUAAACCGAGGAUAGGGGGCCGCCAGUGUGAUCGCUGUGCUCCCGGAUAUUAUCGCUUCCCUGACUGUAUACCCUGCAACUGUAAGAGAGGUGGUGUCACAGCUGACAUUUGCCAUCCUGACACAGGAAGGUGUCUUUGCAAGGUGAGCUGGUUUAUGGAAACACUCUGUCCCUUUUCCUCGCUUCUUAUUCAAUUAUCUUCCUUUGCUCUGAUUUCCUCUGUGCUAUUGCUGCAACGUUUGUAGAAAAAUGUCGCUGGCAUCAGGUGUGAUUCCUGUCGGGAAGGUUCCUUCUUUUUUGACACCUCCAACCCUCAAGGGUGUACGAGCUGCUUCUGCUUCGGGGCGACUGACCGGUGUCAGAGCUCCAGCAAGCGCAGAGGGAAGGUGUGUUUGCUUUUUCCUGCCUCUGCAUGCCUGUAAUGUCUCUGGAAAUUUUAUGCCUGCAGGGUUUUCUGGCUGGUAGUGGUGUUAUGGUGAACUUGAUUAUUUGCUGAAAGAAAACUGUACACACUGAUGUUGUUCUGAAAAAUAUUGGGUUUUUAAACAUUCUUACACUCUUGAUCACCUGUUUUCCUGAUAUGUUAAGAUAUAGUCAUUUUUUGAGACCAUUGAGACUGUUGUUACUUGUGUUUUCUUUUUAUACAGCACACUUUUAAAAAGUCGUGAUUUGAAUUUGACCUUGAAGUACUCUUUGUUAUAAGUUUGUUGAGAUGCAGGGCUGGCGUUUGGAAAGACCCAACCAGGAGGAGGUCCCCACUGUGCUGAACUCGGCCAGUAACACUGUGGUGGCAGACAUCCAGGAGCUCCCCUCCACUGUUCAGACUCUACACUGGGUGGCACCAGCAGCCUACUUGGGGAACAAGGUCAGCCAAUGAAGAGAGAGAAGAAUAUGCUGACAAGGACAUGCAUAUUUGUUUUAAUGCUAAUAUUUACACGUCAAAAAUACAGUAAGGUCAUAAAGAUAGCUUUUAAAUGGCUUUAUAUGAGAAUUAAACCAAAACUUGAAGAAAUUUUAAGUAUAUUUUAAGAUCACUUAAUUAUUGAGGUCCCUUUAAAAUGUGCAACUGUUGAAAAAAAAACUAAUCUUAGGAUAAAGAGUUGUUAAAUGAUCUAUUUUUUUGAUUUAAUAGAUUUCCAAAAAAUUUGGACAACAUCUCACUUUACAAACCGGACCAUUCAGCUCCCAAAACUAUAGGGAGGUGUUAAAAAAAGACACACCACACUGUUGAACACAUCCCUUUCCCAAUUAUUUUGGUAUUUGUAACUGGCAUCAAAUUUAAAAUUAGCAUAAUCUGAACAUUAAAAAUUAAAAAUUGAUUGUUGUCUUUGUACUACUUUCAGUUAAAUAAAGGGUUUACACGGUUUGACAUUCAUCAAAUUCUGUCUCUGCUGACAUUUUACACUGCGUCCCAACUCUCAAUUUAUCCUUCUUGAAGUAAAAAUGAAUAUCAGACUUAAAGUUCAGUUAACUUUUUGACCUUGAUAUUACACAGUAUUUCAUUGUCAUCUUAUACCAUCAAGAGUUUAGCUUUGGGAAGCAAGUUUUAUUUUCAGUAACUACUAAGUUAUUUGACAUUUUUGAUGGAUAUUCUUUUAGAAAGUUUGAGACGUACACUGAAUUUGUAUCACUAAAAUCCUGUUGCACUCUAAGUAAUACCAAUCAAUGCCUCAACUUUUAUUGAAUAAAUUCAGGAUCUUUUGUUUUCAUUUGUGUGAAGUGACAGAUUUUCUCCUGUUGAUUUAGGUUUCAUCUUAUGGAGGUUUCCUCACAUAUCAGUCCAAGUCUUUUGGCAUUCCUAGUGAGGGGAUGACUCUUAUGGACAGAAGACCGGAUGUGGUGCUGAAUGUGCGUAGCGCCACCGGUCUCUCACUCUUUCACCUUUUUCAUAUAACAUUAAGGGUGUCAGAGUCACUGCUUCUUUAUCAUGUUAUUAUUUCUCUCCAGGGCCAAAGUAUGACUCUGAUCCACAUGGCUCUACAAGUCCCACAACCAGACCGGCUGUAUCAGGGCAGAGUCCAGUUCCUAGAGGUAAGGGGAACACAAGUUUCUUUGUUUUAAUCUCAGUCUGGAGUACGACAAAGCUUUCAUUGCAAAUGAACCACAGUGUUUGGAUGGGAUAAACCAUGUACUUCUGACUCUGUCAUUCUUAGAGCUUCACAUGUUAUUAGGUUACUCAUGCUUGAUUAUUUGGCUGUCUGCCCUGUAGAUUUAGUUGCAUUGGGGUACAGAUUAAAUUCUAAUCUUUUAAUGGCGCUAAAAGGAGGGUCAGAAAGUCACCAGAGUCAUUAGGGUUCAUCCUCAGAGGACCUCUGUUUUUGUGUCAAAACAACCAAGCCCAUCAUUUUUGAGAUAGCUCGCCUUCGUCUAUCACCAACGCUUUUUAUACUGCUUGAUAUAAUGCCCUUUUCUUGUUUUAUAUCGUAUUAAAUCAAAGAAAACCAGAUUUUUGAAACAACCCUUCACCGCCAGUUUCUCACUAUUCAACAGAAAGUAAGAUUUUUGUUCAAUCUGAUGUUGUUUACAGGGAAACUGGCGCCACGCCAUCACUAACCAGCCCGUCUCCAGAGAGGAGCUGAUGAUGGUCUUAUCCAAUCUGGUCGGCCUGAGGAUCCGUGCAUUGUACUUUACUCAGACCCAGAGACUUGGAUUAGGGGAGGUGGGCCUAGAGGGGGCAACAGACACAGGGACAGGUGGUCCUGGAAACACUGUGGAAGAUUGCUCCUGUCCUCCCCAGUACAGCGGAGACUCAUGUGAGGUAAGAAGCCUAAAUAAGUCUGAUAAACAUAACUGAAACAGAAAAGGAGCCUAAUGUUUUCAAGUAUAAACAAGUGUAGUCUUAAUAAAAGCUCAGUAUGUUUUGCAAUCUUGCUCUGGGUGUGGACAGAAUCCUCGAAAGUUUUAGGGUUUAUUGACACACCCUAAAACUAUCAUAUUUCAAAACUUCACACAGGUGUGAAGGUGAACCGGGAAACUGAGGUGAUGUAAGGAUAACCUGGUUUGAUCCGAGAGGCAGUGGGGAUAACAGGCAGGGCGAAGCACGGUGUUAACUGAGGAGACUUGAUGUCAUGUUCAAGAGGCAGGACAACCUCUUCAUAUUUUAGGGUGUCCUGACACGCCCGAGCCGAAGCCCACACCCUUUUUUUUUUCUAAAGGAAAAAUUCAUCAUCUUAGGGGCCUUGGGUGGAAUGCACUGGAAAAUACCGGCUGUAGAGCUACGCAGCUAAAUAGUGUAGCCUCAGGCUGGGAUAUGAUGCACAAUCACGCAGACAUAAUAUUAGUGAUUCUACAGCUAUAAUCACUGGCAUGGCUACAGAAACGUAAUCCAAACAACCCUGAUGCGGUUGCUAAGGAAAAGCUUUACUUGGAUUCUUUGUAUCCUGGGAAUGGUGCUGACUUGACUUAGUGUGUUUAUGCUUCUCAAAUCUGAUUUGUACACACAUGAUUGCAGUCAUUUUUACCCACAAAAGCCGAUUAAAAAUGUGACAGAGGAACCGCAAAUUUAAAGGUGUUUUUUUUAAUAAAACAGAGAGGAUUAUUAGUGGUAAGAAACAGCAAUAACUUAAAGAAACUGACAUGUUUUUCCUCUGAGCACUGUUGUCAUAGAUGUGGUUAUUUACCUGUGUGUGUGUUAGAGCUACCGUCUGGUGGGGAGUGUUCAGUGGAAGUUCAGUUUAUGUGCCUGGAGGUGGUAUGACAAGGUGCCGCGCCUUAACGCACGGGGUGUGGCAGUUGGCAACGCAUUGUUACUCAUAAAUCUGAGGGGGGUUCGCUUUAGUGCGCGCACCUUCAGCGUGUGUGUGUGAGUGAGUCCAGCCGACACACCCAGAUGUGUCUGAUGUGUGUUUGAGGAGCGUGAUUCAGGUGUGAGUUUUUUGUCUGAGGACGUCUGACUUUCCUCCGUGUCACAUAUUCUUACACAAACAGAGGCAUGUUUAUGUAACACACACACACACACACACUUUCCCUUACACACUUUAACAAAUAAUAUAAAUAUGAACACAUGUUUAAAUGAUUACCUGCUUUUUAAGGUGAGUUUGUGUCGCCACACCCCUGGAGCUUGUAAAGUACUCAGCAUUUUAAUCCCUGUGUAACUGUGUGUGUGCGUGCACCAACACCUGACUGUCUGAAGCACUUCUGUGUGUGUGUGUGUCUGUGUGUGCGUGUGUGUGUGUGUGUCUGUGUGUGGGCAUGUAAACACUUGUGCCCCUUGUGCUCAUGCUGAUCUGGUAGACUGACUCAGGUGGGACGCGGGGCGUGUCCUCUUGGUGAGUGAGCGUGUGUGUUUAAGAGGCAGAGGCAGGGGAGAGUGGAGCAUUGUUUCAAAGACUUAUCGACAGGAAUGUUAGAUACGCGCAUGGAUAAACGACGGAAUACAGGGGUUUUAUUUCAGACCCUGCUUUGUUGGGCUUUGAUUGGACUUAGCUGCGCUGGCCACAGGGCCCGUCACGGAGGAGAGCGACCCCGCUUCACCAGACACCAUGACAGAUGGGCUCAGAGGAUACAGUAUCCUUCACUUCACGAUGAGGGUACACAGAGGAUAGAGUUUCCAUCAUUGAGUGACCAGGGUACUCAGAGGAUACAGUACCCGUCAGUGAGCGACCAGGGUACCCAGAGGAUACAGUACCCGUCAGUGAGCGACCAGGGUAGUUCUCAGAUUCAGGUAAAAAUCUGCGUCUUGACCUCAAACGUAGCGGUUGCUUUUCCUCUCAGUGUCCCAAGUUCGUGUUUAUGACUGCUAUGUCUUAAAGCUAAGGGCGCACUUUGGCUUUUCAGCGUUAAUGGCUCAUGACCAGGCUUAUCACUGUAUGAUAAUCUUAACACAACAAACUUUACUAAGAUAGUGAUAAAUUUGAGUUUUUUCAUCUCCAAAUGGUGGCAAAAAAUUCUAGAAAUACUAUUUUGCUCAAGCAAAUGAAAACAAAAGUUGUUUUACAAUUCGUCUCCUAAACUGCAGUCAUAAUAGUUAUUGUGUGACAUAUUUGUAAAUGAUUAACAAUAUGUAGCCUUAAGUUGUAAAAUUUGUCAGCGGUCAGAGAUUUAUGGGCCAUUUAGUUAUGGUUACUCUGUAAAUAUAAAAUGCUGUGAAUAAAAUCUUAAUUAUUUUGGCGAAUAUCUCCCAAAAUCAGACUUCUGUCCUGGUUUUUCUGUCGGCAGAGUAUCUGUGAAUUCACUUCUUGGAAUAUAAGAUGACAUAAUGAAAAGUUGAUUUUAGAUUUAUAUCUAUUUCAGAUUUAAUUAUUCAGUUUAUGUCUUGCUUCCACGAGUAUUUAUUAAGUAAAUUCAGUUGAAAGUGUAGAAAACUACACUUUAAUGGAAAUGGCUGGGCUUUUAGUCUUUAUUUCAGGUUGCAUAAUCAUGUCUCUCUGUGUGUUUCCUUCUCUUGCAGAAAUGUUCUCCAGGUUUCUACAGAGACAGCAGUGGACCCUACCUGGGCCAGUGUCGGCCCUGUGAGUGUAACGGUCUUACUGACGAGUGUGAAGACAAAACAGGGAGGUGUCUGGUAAGAAACACGCUCAUCCCUCAACACUUACCCAUCACUUUCUAACCACAGGGAUCCACACACAAGUCAAGGCUUAGACCUCCUGUAUUUGUGUUUAUAUAACUUCUAUUAUUUGGUAUGGCUUCCUGUUUUUUCAUGAAGGACUUCUUUCUGUUAUUGUUUUUAAAUGAUGAGAAGAUGAGCCUUGGCGCAUUUCAAAAACUUUUAUUUGUGUUUUUGUUAUGCAAGACACUCAAGACCAGGCCUGUGCGAGCAAUACCCGUAGACACCCACACCCUAACUACACAAAGCCAAAUGGACACAGUCACAAGAACACACCGUCUUUUCUCAGUGCACACAAAAAAAACUCUCUUUGAUUGAUUUGGUGGUGAAAAAUGUCCUGUCUCCUCUCCUCCAGGCAUUUGCAUUUCUGAAUUUCUGGCUGUGAUAUAAAGAAAGACGUUAAAACUGGUUGAUUUAGAAGCUAUGAAGCUUGCAAGCGCAUUGAUGUAGAUUUUUCUGCUUUCAGAACUGUAAGCACAACACAGCAGGAGACCGAUGUGAACGCUGCAAAGACGGUUAUUACGGAAAUGCAGGCAAGAGGACAUGCAGGAUUUGCCCGUGCCCAUUCAGUUUGCCCUCAAACAAGUGAGUAAAAACAGACUCUGUAGAUGGUAGAAUGAUAAAUGGAAAUAUGGGUGAAAAAUUACUCUUACUGUAACUUAUUUUUCAAUUUGUAGCUUUGCUGUUGGCUGCAAAGAUUUAUUCGGAGACCUCCAGUGUGUUUGCUCCCCAGGCUACGCCGGAGAUAGAUGUGAGAGGUGAGUGUCUGUGUAGACAGAGCAGAACAGAUGUUUAAAUACUCUACAGAUUUGGUGCAUUUUGGGAAUAUGGUAAGCUUAACUCACUCACUCUGUCUUCUCUCCCUCAUAGGUGUGCACCUGGUUUCUAUGGUGAUCCACUGACAGUAGGGGGAAGUUGUAAACGCUGUAAUUGCAAUGGCAAUGGUAACAACUGUGACCCCAGGACUGGAGGUGAGAUUGUGGACUUUAAUCCUGAAAUGAUUCAAUAAUCUGCUCUUUAGUUCUUAUAGAUUAUGAAAUAUAGUUUUCUGGUUCAUUAAUUUUGGCUUAGAUGCUCGCUUGUACAAUACGUUCUUUUUACACAUUGCAGAAAAUGUAACAUAUAUAUAUUUUUUUGUGUUUUUGUAGUUUGCAAGAACACGCUGGAGCCAGGAGACACAAACACAGAUGACCAAUGCAAAGGUGAGGCAUCAAGAAAUGAUUGUCUUUAAGCAAACUUGUAACUUACAGUCAAUUUAGGCUAAUCAAAUUCCUCUUCUAUAUUUCAGAGUGCGAUAACUGUGCCCAGACUUUACUAAAUGACCUGGAGAAGCUGGAUAUUGAACUUGUAAGGAUCAGGGCUCAGAUGGAUAAUGCCACCGCCAGUGCCACCUCUCAGGACAGGCUGAAGAAGCUGGAAACGGCCAUCGCUGACACCAAGGUAACAGGGCAGCUUAACUGUGCUCUUCAGUUUUUUUUCACUUUUACCUCUAAAGUCCACACAUACGAUUAGCAAUAUGGGAUUAGCCAAAGCACUAGAUUCCUGCUGCUUCUUUUAAUACACCCCACCCCAUCUGACUCUAUCUUCAUGCAUCUCAAUGCUCUUUCUGCAGAUUCUUGUCAACAAGUUCACCUCAACCAUCAACUCUGAAAAGACCAAAGUCAACCAGCUGGAGGAAGACACUGUCAGUCUCUCAGACGACAUCAGCUCCCUCAAAGAAAAGGUAGAGAGCAGCAGAAAAGGCCCAACAAUUCAUGUCUGCAUUCAGGAAUAAUGUGAAAAAUGACUGUUUUUUCUCUGUGUUGAUUUCACGCAGGCGGAUAAAAAGGCUGAUGAUGCUGACAAAGCAGUGGCAGAGGUUGACAAAACCCACAAGAAAGCUAAAGAGCUGGAUUCUGAAAUUCAAAACAUGCUUAAGAAAAUCAAAGGUGAAUGGAAAUAUUGAUUUAUUGACUGUGCUGUCUUGUUUUUUUUCUUUUCAACUUUAAAUAAGCGCCCUUGGGGGUUUUUCUUCAUUCAAUCUGAAGCUGAAUACUUGUUUCUUCUUGUGUUUUUGAAGCUCUUCUAGACCAGCUCAAGGAAAACAACAGUGGUGAUACAGUGCCUAAUGAAAAUCUGGCUACGAUGCUUGAAGAUGCUGAGCGUAUGGUGAAUGAAAUGGAGAAGAGGAACUUCACACCUCAGAAGACGUCAGCUGAGAAAGAAAGAGACGAGGCCAAGAAACGUAUGCUUCCCCCUAUAAAUAUGCUAAAUCUUAAGACCGUUAAACAAAAAAAGUUACAGCAGACAUUUCCUUUUGUUUUGAUUUCCUGUCUUUUAAUUCAUUUUAUCUUUUUAUUUAGUCCUGGACUACAUCAAGGGUAAUGUGAGUAAGCAGUGUGAUCAGAACGAGGCAGCAGCAGAAAAGAUUCGGGACCUUCUGGAGGGUUAUGAGGACAAGUUGAAGGACCUGGAUGAUGCCCUGAAAGAGGCUUCAGAGUUGGUGAAAAAGGCAAACACCCAAAACGGGCUAAAUGCUCAGGCACUGAAAGAUCUGCAGGUAAAGUCUUGUAGUUAAUCUGCUCUGAAAAACGUAUUUGUUAGUGGGGGUUGGGAGGAUUAAUUUGAUAAUAAACACUAUGAUGAUCAUGAACAUAUGUGAAUUGAAUUAAAUUGAUUCAUAUGUCUUCUAAAGAAACGUAUCGAGGACUUGAAAAAUGAGAGGAAGACUGUUGAGGGCCAAAUCAACUUGGCAGAAGAUGAACUGCAGAAAACAGAAGAUUUGGUGAAAGAGCUAACGGACAGUAAAACGGUAAGCUUUAUAAACUUUUACCCAGAAAAUCUUUAUCUCAAAUAUUUUCUGCAUUCAAAUACCUGUAGCUGUUUCAAUAAACGGCCUCAUCUUUGAUCCCACAUCAGCAGGGAUAUCAGGUCCCAACAUGCAAUCCACUCAGAUAAUGAUCAGUGUUUUUGCUUUUUGUGCUCUGACAUGAUUUCAAUGGCAUUUCCUUCUGUUGAAUAACUUGCAUCCCUCUCCCUUUUCCUCUGCUCUGUAGGAGUACGAACAGCUGGCAGCACAGCUAGAUGGUGCAAAGACGGACCUGACCAAGAAGGUGAAUGAGAUAGCCAAAGCAGCAGCUCAGGAGGAUCUUGUUGAGAGGGCUGAGGAACACGCCAAGAAGCUGGCCAAACUGGCAAAAGACCUUGAGGAGUAAGUUCACAAAGUUGUGUAUAUGAGGGAAGAUUUGCUUGCUGAUGAAAUAUAACCAGCUCAGUUUCAAAGACGUAUAAAUAGAGACUUGUAUCCAUCUUAGAUUUAUUUUCCUUUUUUAAAUCUACAGUUCCGUGAAGGAUGCAAGCGGGCGUUCUGAGGUAAAAAACGCCAAAGAUGCUAUUGAUGCCUACAAGAAUAUCGUGGAUGCCAUCAAAGCCGCUGAGGCUGCAGCUAAGGAGGCCAAAGGUGCAGCAGAUAACGCCUUGGAUGUAAGCCACAAAGUUUAUACUAAAAUCAUCUGGUUACUGCACACCCCUCAUGGGCUGAUAUCAUUAGUAAUUUAGAUAAAUGUUUUAAAGUUGUUUGACUAUAACAACAUCGUUUUUUUUCUUCUUUUAGAAUGUAAAAAACCAGAAGCUGAAAGAGAGAGCCAAAACCCUGAAAGACACCGGUGAUGGGCUUCUGCAAAGUGCAAAGGAGCCUGAGAAAGAUCUCAAAGGUACAGAGCUCUUCCUAUAAUCAUUUGCCUUGAAAAAUAUCCCCAAAACUCAAUCCUUCAUUCUUGAUCUUUUCUUUCUUUUUCAACUUUAGAUGCAAAAGACGAUCUCGCUGACCUGAAGAAGCGCCUGGCUGACGCUGAGACAAAAAAGAAAGCUCUGCAGAAUGACCUUACUGCUGCUGAGAACCAAUUAAAUGACAUCAACAGAGGUAGAGUGUUUAAGACUUCACAUAAUAUGCUUGAUGCAUUAGCUGAUUGUACCAAAACCAACUGAAAAAUCAAUUUUCUCAUCUACUUUCCCUGAAUGUGUCUCUUUGUAAAUCAGAGGAAAUUGCUGACAUGAUUGAUAAUGCCAAGAAGAUGACAACUGAUGCUUCUGAAACCACAAAGGACACUAUGAACAGACUGGACGACAUCAAAAAGGAACUUGCUAAGAUCAAUGUCCCAUCAGGGGACUCCGAUUCGGGCGAUGCGUUGGAUGAUGCAGACAAGUCGGGUAAUUAAUGUCAUUUAAAUUAACAACACACACACAAAAAAAAAAUCAGUUUUAUACUUGGGAAGAAGUCAAGUUUAAAGAAAACUGUUUCUGUUUUUUUUACACAAGAAUCUCAUUUUUCCCUCUGAUUCUGUUUGCAGUGAAGGACUUGCUGAAAACUAUCCCAUCCUUGAGUGAUAAGAUCUCAGAGGUGGAGACCUUGGCGACACAGUUUACACCAAUCAACAACAUAACCGACAACAUCAAAAAGAUCAAAGAACUUAUCGAACAAGCCCGAGAUGCAGCAAACAGGGUGAGGUCCUACUCUGUACAAAGAUUCAAACCCAAGUUCAAUGUCAUACCUUCUUUUUGUCUUCAGCGGCUCUGAUUUCUCUUUUCUCCAGAUUGUGGUCCCAAUGAAGUUCGAAGGUAAUGGCCAUGUGGAACUGCGUCCACCAAGGAACCUUGAUGACCUGAAGGCCUACACAGCCAUGUCUCUCUCCCUGCAGAGACCUGAGGGCAGAGGAGAUGGAAGGCGUAGGCGCAGACAGACCGCAGGAAGCGACGACAUGUUUGUGAUGUAUCUUGGGAACAAGAAGGUAAGAGACUUAAAUGAUGGGGGUACUAUCAACGAAGAUCAAGUUUUUGAUUGUGCUAACAGCACUAAUAAUUUCUAUCUUUUAGUCUCCUAGCAACUACAUCGGAAUGGCUCUGCGGAACAACGUGCUGUACGGUUAUUACAAGGUCAACGGAGUCGAGAAUGAGCUGAUGACAGGUCCCAUCACAAGGUCUAAGGAUGAGCCGGCCAAGUUUGACAAAGUGGAUCUGAACAGGUAAACUGAUGGCUCAAUUCAGUCAUCAUUAACACAUUUUGAGAGUAAAUACAUAUUUACAGUUUCUCCAAAUACUCCUCUUGAUUCGAUCUUUUGUGUAAAUGUUUGUUUUCCUCUUGUCAUUUAGAAUUUACCAAGACGCAGAGCUAAACCUCCUCAAAUACCAGCCCGCUAACCAAGAUGGCACGCCGAUCAAGGACGCUAAAAAAGGACAGCAGAAAGAGAACCUUCUGGACCUUGAUCCUGAUGAUGUGGUUUUCUAUGUCGGAGGGUAUCCUGAUGACUUCACUGUAAGCAAACUGACAGUGGGAAACUGUUUUUUUAAAAAUCAAUCGUUCUUUCGUUGAAAUAUAUAUUUUUUCUGAUAGAUAAAUUCAUUCUUUCUUUAUAAACUAGAUAGCUGUAUAUUUAAAAAUGUACUUAUAUGAAACGUGUUUCGCUUAACCCGAUAAAUGAGGUAAUUAAUCGAAAAAACAGUCAGUAGCACAAACUUAUUAUAAAUGAAUAAUUAUAAAAGAAACAUCACAAUUAAUGUAAAAGCAUCUGUUUUACGUUAGGAGGUGCGAUUUUAGCUGUCUUAGAAAGUUAACCUGAUGGUGGACUUAAAUUGCAUUAUGGGACAGGCAGGAAACUCUGCUUUGACAUGAUUUCUUUUGUUGGUUUUGGUUAGUAUUUAUUUAUUAUUAUUUAUUUUUAUUAAUUUUUUGCAACUCCCUGAUUGUAUUUCUUUCCUGCCCUUCCUGCAGCCGCCAGCUUCUCUCAACCUUCCAAAGUACACGGGCUGCAUUGAGCUCACCUCCUUUAACAACUAUGGGGCUAGUCUUUACAACUUCAAGAGUAAAGCAAACAUCAAUCCAAAGACACCGUGCAAGAGGUACAGUACACCCUAGUGUGACUGGUGUUAAGAGUAACUGAGCUCUGGAUACGUAUAAUGUCUUUUAAUUUCAUUUCAUUUAAUUAGAUCUUCAUUAGCAUUAGCAUUUGAGUUAACAUGUUUUUCUCCUUUAUCCAGAUAUGUACCUCCACUGGACUCUGAGUACUAUGAAGGCACUGGAUACAGUAAAGCUGUUAGUGAAAGAUCAUAUCCUGUCCUUGUCUUUUUAUUGAACUUGCAUUCACGAUCAGAAAAUGGCCUGCUUUUGUACGUAAGGAGUGAGGUAAGGAGCUUUAACUGUUUUGUUUUUCUAUGUUUACAAUACUUUUUUUUUUGCAUUUCUAAUAGAUAUGUGCGCAGAUUUCUGCUAGAGUUUGAUAACAUUAUCUCCAUUUUUGCAUAGGGCGACUACAUCACAGUGACACUGGAAAAGGGCAUGGCGGUAAUCCGUAGUAAUUUGCUCGGAGCACCUGCAACGAACAGCAUCAAGUUGUCCCCAGUAAGUUUGCUGCAAACUGUCUUCUGCAAACAUAUAGCAUCUGUGAAUAAACUUGGAUUAAUUAAUUGAAUUGCAUUUUUUCUACCCUCUUUUCAGACAGAAAACUUGGAAGGCAUCAGUAUAAUUAUAAGUAACAAAGAGGCAAAAGUCCUGCAAGGAAGGACUGCAUUGGCAGAUGCCAAACUGGCAUUCGGCAGCGCCAAAGUUAAAGAUUACUACAUCGGUGGUGCCCCACGAGACUUGAGAGAGAAGUAUGAGGCUGAUAAUUUCGAACAUGUCAUGAUUGUGUUUUGUGUACUUUCUUUUUUUUCUAUCUAAAAUAACUUUUUUCCUUGUUCUUCUUACAGAGAUAACAUCAGCAUGCAGCCGUUCAAAGGAUGCCUGAAGAAUUUGAAGCAGAAUGGCAAUGUCAUCACAGCUAAGGAGCAAGUGGGCGUCCGCAAGGGUUGUCCAAUGGAGUCCUUGGUAAGAAGUGAACACUUUGCAUCCCAGAGCACUAAUAAACACAUAUCUGGAAAUAGUAAAUGGACUGAAUUGAAUGGUGCUUUGUCUCUUCUUCUGACCACUGAAACUUUUAUGCACUGAUGGCAGAGGCUGCUGUUUAAAGCGCUCAUCAUUAUUCAGUGAUUGAGUUGUUCAGUUAGUUGAGUCAUUCAUAAACCACUGUGUCUGGUCGAUAGUAUGCCUGGUUUUCUGAUUUAAAACGUCUGGUUUCUGGUCUAGGUUACCCGUGCAGCAGAGUUCAGCCUGAAGAGCACCCUGUCAGCUGACCUCCCCGGCUUCAGUCUGGCUAAUGAUAUCACUGUCUCCCUUGGAUUCAAGAGCACCCAGGAUCAGGGUCUCAUCCUGCAGGACAAACAGCAGGUCAGAGACGAACACUUUUCCUGACAGAUUUAAGAUUUUGAAUGAGACUUCAGGCAGGAGAUUACAAUUUCUGUACUUUGUUUCUGUUUUUCAGGAUAUUGGCAUUAAUCUUUCACUGGAAAACGGCCAUGUGGUCCUCACCUUCAACGACAAGAUCUGGAAAUCAAACAACAAAUAUAACGAUGACAAGUGGCAUUAUCUGACUGUAACCAAAACAGCAGGAAGGUAUGAUCGAGUCAAUGAUUCAAACUUUCGUGUGCUUUGGUGUUUUUAAUUACAAUCAUCAUAGGAACAUUUAAUAUGACAGCUUUUUCAGAGAGUUUAAUCAAACCUUUUUGAAUUUCAGUGUUAUAAUGAAACAAAAACAGCUCAUGUACAAAUGAAUGUCUCAAUGAUUUUCUGAACAGGGUUUCGCUGCUGAUUGAUGAUGUGGAUGAGGGUCAGGAGCAGAGUGGCACUGGUUCCAUAACUGGCGCCUCACUUGGCACCAUGAUUCUGGGAAAAGACACAUUCCAAGGAUGCAUGUCCAACCUUUACACAAGAAGGUAAUUUCAAAGAGUUUGAAUGACAUGAUUCAAUACAAAGUACAAUCUAUAAUACCUUUUCCCUUUACUAUGUUGAGAGAAAUCAUAUCUUUGAUUUUUUUCUGCUCUCAGGCCAACAAAUCUGUACAAGGCGGAGGACCUCAGUGUCUUCUCAUCCUCUGGAGAUGUCUUCCUGGAUGUUUGCACCGCUGACAGUCCCGUUCAACUGAUGCUGGACAGCAUUUCUAGAAAGGUGAGUGUUUGUACUCUCAGAAGAAAAACUUACAGAUGAUUUAAAGGAGCAAUGCUUGGAUUAUUUUAUCAUCUUAAUUGUUAAGUUUAAAGCAGUCCAUUUCAUGAGCAUGUUCAUUAAGAACAUGGUGAGCUGAUGAUUGAUUCGUCUUUCUAGCAGUAAGUCAAACUCAUCUUGACCCUUUUUUUGUGUGUUUUUAAUAGGACUAUCACAUAACUUGUUUGUAUUGAGUCAAAUAAAUCUCAGCGUUUUCCUCAUGUUGACAUGUUUACAUUGUAUUUUGCUGCUUUGUAUUUCCAGAGAUGAAGAAAAGCGGAGCCUUCAGACCUGAUGAUGCUGACAAGAAUUUGUAUUGAUUUGAAAAAGUGACAAUGUUAUGUUGGUUAUUUUCAAGCUCAUUAACCUGCAGUGUACUUCAAUAAAAAGGUUGCAUGAACAUUCACAAUAAUCUCAAGAAGUGUUAAACCUGUUGUAUUAUUGUCUAUUCUAUUUAAAUUCUACUAACAACGAACAAAACUUCAAAAUCAGCUCAUGUCUUGUUUCUUUCUUUCAUGUAACUCAGUAAUCCACAUCCUAACACUCAUGCCUGUUCAAACACUGUUAAAAAUAGUAAUUUCACAAGAACUAACUGCACACUUAAUAUCCAAUAAACAAAAAAAAAAGAACCUGAAUCUGAGUUUCUCAACAUUUACUGGUGGAUUGUCCUGAAGUGUUAAGUUGUGUACAUAUGAUGGGGUGUAUCUGACUGUAAAGAAAUAGAGGCAUAUCAUUUGUAAAGUUAACUUUACUGUUAUUCAAGUACUGUAAGACAUUAUGAAACAUAAAUCUAUCAUUGCCUUCAAUUUAUAAUUAUUUUUCUAAAUUCUACAUGGAUUCCCAGCAUCAUGGUUGAGAAACACUGAUCUACAUUUUAACAAACUGUGCCGCCAUCAAAAAGUUUGUGUAUUAAAACUAAGCUAGGCCUCAAAGUCAGAUAUGUGAGGCCUUUUAGAGCUUACUGUUUGUAGAAACCACGGCUCUAAAUGCUUUUAAAAGCACAAUCUCCUAUUUUGAUCUUGCACAUCAAACCUAACUUUUAAAACCCUGUGUGAUUGAUAAAGAGCAUGACACCGACUGAGGACAUUUCAGAACCUUCUAAUCUCUGACACCUGAAAGUUUGCCUUGGCUGCUGCAUGACUUCAUUUGUAAACCAAGGAGAAGCAGAGUCAAAAAUGAAACUACAGCUCUCUCUCAUUCAGUCAUGACCUGCAAGAUUUUCACUAAUGCAUCAUGGAAGAUCUUCUCAUGCUGUGUUUGGAAUGACAUUGUAGGAAUUCAUAAUCAUGCAACUACUUCUUUCCUCUUUUUCAUGUUUACCAAGCUGAAUCAUGUGAGAAACCACUUCAUAAUUCACCAAAAAGUAUGACAAGCAAAACUCAGAUUACCAGUUUCCCCCUGACAUGAAUUUAUGAGUUCUAAUCACAAAAUCAUCAAUAAACUGUAAACAAACUCUGCAGGACACAAGCUGUAUCAGUGGCUUACAUAAACUGCAACACUACUAAAAAGCAGAUGAUGAAAAUAAAUAUUAGGAAUUUAUUUCGGUUUUUUAGUGGCACAAAAUUUCUCCUCUCAGCAUUUCUGUUUUGAAAUGUUCAGUAGUUUUAUUACAUUUCAUUUGACACCCUACUCUUGUUUGGAUUGACUUGAGUAGAGUUAGAGCAAGAAAAAAGGACCUUUUUCCAGAGUUAUUUUUCUGAUUUUGAUAGGGCGUAUUUUUUCAGUUUUAUAUAGUAUAAUUAAAGAUGAGCUGAUGAAGCAGAUGGAAGGAUCGUCUGUGUAGGCCUUGAAUAAUAUCAAAACCAUGUUUAAUGUUCCUCAGUGCUGGCAAUACUUCACUUAGAGGGUCUCCUAUUUCACCCUCCUUUACUGCUGUUUCCACAGAUUGCCGUAUAUUUAAACUGAUUGUUUUCUUCUAUCUAAUGUGAACGUAACCUCCCUUUCUCUAUUCACAGAGUGGAACCCCAGUGAUGAGUUUCUAUAGAUUUUUUGGGGGAAACAAUUACCUGACUACUAUCCUAAUUUGAUCACAUUUAUCAUUGUGCCAUAGGAUGGUGUGAUGCCAGUGAUAAAUGAGACUAUAUCACCGUGUGCAUUACCAACCCUGGUUCAGCAGGCCUAUCGGCUGGGCGGACCUGUCAGCAGCCUCAGCUACAGCCUGCCCCUACAAGUCCUGCAGCCAAGGUGCAAAACCCCUUAACUCUUUGCAGUUUCACAGUUUGCAAUGCAGACACAUUUAAUGAAGAUAUAUAGAUUAUAAAAAUGUCCUUAGCUUAGAGAAUAAUGCCGUAAUUUUAAAGCCAACACACACACAGAAACACUCUGUAAAGUGAUUCCUUUGCUUUCCAGGCCACACUUCUCUCUGGAUAUCCGGACUCGCUCUCCUGAAGGCCUGCUGUUUUUUGCUGCUACCAGAGGAGGGCGCUCUCAUCUUGCUCUAUACAUUUCCAAGGGCAGGAUCAGGCUGUCUGUGGGCAAACAGAAGGAGAUUUUCAACAGAGAGAAGUACAAUGAUGGAAAGUGGCACUCGGUCAGUAGGUGUACACAAAGUUAAUAUAUAACAUUUAGUAUAUUCUUACAAAUGAAAAUAGCAAUUUAAGUUUGUUUUUGCUCCUUGCUACCUCUAGGUCAUAUUCAGUUUGGAGAGGAAGAAGUUUCGGUUGGUAGUAGAUGGAAUCAGAGCUCAGGAUGGUCAGCUGACUAAUACUGAAUUGAACGCCAUGCAGCAGUUUGUGUCGCCUGUGUACCUUGGCAGUGCACCUGAGUCUCUUCACAAAGAGCUGAAGGUACAAGAACAAGGUCACACAAAUAUACACACAAAGUUUUUUUCUGAAAUUCUCCCAUAAGUAUAACUUCUAUUUUUGUUGUGUUGAUUUUCUUACUUUUAGUCCAAGGCCCUUCCAAAGCAGAGCAUAUCUGGCUGUAUCCGCAGUUUUAAAAUGAACGGAGCACCCAUGUUAAAUCCAACCACUAACCACGGUGCUGGGCCCUGCUUCGAGGGGCAGACACAAAGAGGAGCCUAUUUCUCAGGGAAUGGAGCACAUGUGCUUAUCAGUGAGUACAUCUCUCUGUGAUGGAACCAUGGGGUAAUAAAACACGAGCAUUUCUAAUGAUCAGAACAAUCAACAUUAGUUCCUGAUGAUGAGUUGUCUCCUCUUAAACCAAACAAAAGGAUCAAUGUUGUUCGAUGUGGUUUAGUAUUAGUGUUUCAAGAUCAGGGGCUGAGGGAUUUAUUAAAAAAAAUAAGUCUUUAAAAUAAAAAAUUUCAAAUUUCUUUGUCUAAUUUUACAGAUACAAGAUUUUCUACAUUAUAUUUCAGGAGGUACUAGGAAAAACUAUAUUUAUGUGCAUAAUUAAAUCUAGUCCCAGUCAUGUAUUAAACACAUUGAGUUCAAAACAAAAAUCAGCACUGUAACCAUUAGAGAAAUUAUGGAAUGUUAUACAUAGAUAGAUUUAACAUAUGAAUCUUGAGGGGCCUUAAAUUUCUUUAUAAUCACAUGAAAUUAUUAUUAUAUAUUUGUCUGUACACCUUACCUUACUGAGAUUUUCUAAGUUACUUAAAUAUUCAUUUGGUCUAUGUAAUUUUAUGGGAUGGACAGAAACAUUGAUAUGGCAAUACAUCAUCAUCCUGAAUCAUGAAAUACAAUAUCCUAUUAUUUGUGCCAAUUAGGGUUAAUUUAUCUUACACAUAAUUCAGCAUGCAAAACCAAUUUCCCUUCAUCUCUGACUCGAUGAACUUCAUUCAUCCUUAUGGUAGCACCAUAGACAAUAUUCCAACACUUCAAUCUUUGGGGUAUUAUGCAUUCUUUAGUUAAUCUGAUUUUAUGAUAUUUUAUUAUAUGAUUAAAUAGCAAUUAACCAAAUAUUUAUUUUUGUUGCAUAGAGAUAUAAUUAUGUUGUGGGACGUAUCCACAUAUGUCAUAUUGUACCUUACAGUACUGUUCUGUACCAUUCCUAGUCAGUAAUGAAUGAUUCAUGUCACCUCCUUCAGAAACAUAAAUGACUGCUGCUGUUUGAUCAGGACCGUUUAAACAAAGGCGUCUAUUAUAAGCUUCAUUAGGAAAACACUUGUGUUUCAGAUGACUCCUUCAUUGUGGACUCGAGCUUUGAACUUCUGUUUAACAUUCGCCCACGGAGUCAGACUGGACUCCUGCUGCAUGUUGGUGAAUCCAGCAGGAGUCACAAUGCACCUGCAACGGAUCACUAUCUCACAGUGUAUAUGCUCAGGGGAGAGGUAAGGCCUGACACUUAGAAAUCAGUCGAUUUGAGGUAACAGUUUUGUCAUCUUAUUAUGUUUUCUAGCUAAGAAAAUGCAUCAGUGACUUUUAAACAGAAACUAAAGAGCACUGUGUUUGGACAUACUCUCGUUUACAGGUAGUCGCACGAGCAAAUAAUGGUAAAGGGGAAUUCAUGGUGUCAGUAAAGCCUAAAGCUCCCCUUUGUGACGGAACAUUUCAUAAAAUUUCUGGUAAGAUGUACAAAAUCUGCGAAUCAAGGCUGUCAUUAAAUUGCCUCUGUAACACAGCUCGUAACUUCUCUUGCAUUAAGUCACUGUCCAUCUUACUUGUAGUGAUCAAGAGGAAAAAUGUGGUGCAGCUGCAUGUGGACACAGUAGACAAUUACAAAAUUGGACCACCAUCUUCUAAGACAGCUCCGACCAAAAACUCCUUGUAUGUGGGUGGCAUUCCUGGUGAGUGAAAAUGAAUCUGCUUAAAUGUGCUUUUUUUUUAACCUAAAGGACAUAUUAGUAAUGUUUGACAACACCAGUAUUACUGCAGUUAGUUUUCUUGUCAUCAAAAUAUACUUUUGGAACAAACAAAGAUGGAACUAUGUCCUGACUUACACAUUACCUUUCUUGCUGCAGAGAUGUUGAUGCACCAGACACUCCCUGUCAUGUCCUCCUUUGUUGGAUGCAUCCAGGACCUUAGGAUCAACAGUGAGCCGGUCUCUUUUGACCGUGUGUCUGCUGUGUUUGGUCCAGUUAACCUCAAAGAGUGUCCUGGCUGA